AUGGACGCCGGAAAUGACGCCACGCGCGCGGCGUAAACAGUUCUCCGAGACCCUGGUAACGGAGCGUUGGCCUCUUGUGGCCAAAGAGCGCCGAGCGGGCAGCGUCGGCUUCGGUAGCAACAGUCGGCGUCGCUCGCUUGGAGGGGGGGGGCUUUGCCCGCUUGUCUUCGAGGCGAGCUGCGGCGGGAGGGGAAGAGGAGCCCCCCCCCCCGUGCGAGAGAAACGGCGGGGGCGCUCCGCUCGGGCUCCCCCUCCCCUCGCGGGACCCGGGAAAGGGUCCCGCGGGGAGCGCCGCUCCCAGAACGGGAGGAGGAAAGGCGCCGCUGUGAGGGGUUGACGGGGACGGAGAGCACGAGACGCGCGCUCCCCCCCGUCCUCGCUCGUUUAUCCGUUGCCCCAGGGGGGGAGGUUUAAAAAGGAAACGGCAGCAGGAAUCUCUGAGGAGCCCGCAGGGGGCGGCUUGUGGUUACCUCAGGAGAUCCUUCCCCGACCGCCCCAUCCUUUCCUCCCUCACCUGAACUGAAGGGCAAGGAGCGGGGAGUCUGUGGGUCCCUCACCCGCCUCCCCUCCCCACGAAGGAAAAUGGUGCAGAAGGAGCCAGAGUGGCAAAUAAGGCCGGGAGGGGGACGAGGGGAGACGCUGUGAGUGAGAGGAGGUAGCAGCGGGGACUGGAGGGGGGGAGGUGAAGAGGUAGUUUGACCUGCCCCCCCUCGCCUUUUCCCCCUCACCCCCCGCCGUCCUGUUUGCCACCAGCAUUAGCUGCUUUCCAUCUCUAUCCUUGUCUUUUUCCUCCGCCUGCAACCUCAACAACCCCCCCUCCUCCCCCACCCCUAUUUUCGUGUCACCCUCGCCCUUCUCCUCCCGGCGCUUGGCAGAGCGGUUGGCAGGGUUUCUUUGCUGUGGAAGAUGGCGACACCAGGGAUGAGCUGGCAGCAGCACUACUACAGCGGCAGCUCCUCGGGGAGCGCUGGAAAAUUCACCACCUCCACUUCUUCCUCGGCCGCCUCCUCCCAGCUCGGCAUGGAAUAUAAUCAGGAUCUCCAUCUCAAAAUGAGCAAGAAAAUAGCGCAGCUCACCAAGGUAGGAGGGAGCCCUCCAUCCUCUAAGCAUCUCUCCCCCCUCCCAAUUUGGUAGAGCAUUUGUUUGUUCUUUUCUUGCUCCCAUUUUUUUUUAAUUAUAAUUUUUCUGAACCUUAAAAAGUGUGUUUACAAGCCUGCAUUGGAGAGAGUAAAGUCUCAGUUGUGCUGUCCACUUAAAUCUGACAAAAUUUCUUAUAAGAGAGGGCUGCAUUAAUUUUACAAUAGCUGUUGUGUCAGUUAUUGCAGAGAGUACCUUGAUAGGUGAUAAGGUUGUGUCUAGUGUUGCACUUAUUUCUCUAUAUCCACUUAAUAGAAGAACCAUUCUAAUAGCAAUACUAAUAUUUAUCAUUGUCCCUCUUUAAGCAUAAAAGUUGCAUCUGUUCAUAGGGUAGCAUUUGUGUGGAACAAGGGCUACAAUCCUAUGCACAGUCACUUGCUAGUCAACCCUGUUGAACACAGUAGGAUUUACUUAUGAGUAAACAUGCAUAGGCUCAGGCUGCAUGUUUUGUCUUAUGUUUGGAAUCCAGUUACGUAUCAUCUCAUGUGUUUAAAUUGCUGUCUUGUUAUAGCUCUCUGGCUUUAAUAUUGGUGCUUUCAUUUAUGCAAGUAGUAAGGUUUUUUUAGCUCCUAUUGUAUAAUUCUUUUUGCAUAAUAAUUCCACAGAAUGAAUCACUCUAGAAUAAUUUUAAUGGUGAUUUAGAUUGUUGUCAACUUUCUUAAAGCCUACCUGUUUAAUUUUAAGCUUUUCAUUCCUCAUAGCAGUUUACAAAAGGUAAAGCAUAACGAAAUACAAAAGAAAGAUCCAACAAAAAAGAAAAGUAGCAGUAUUGUACAGCAAAAAACUGUGAACACAGCAAUUAUUAGAUCUCAAGGGCGAACUGAAACUAAAAGUGUUUACCUCCCUUCAGAAAGCCAGCAGGGAGGAUGCUAAUUAACUUUUCUUAGGAGAGUUACAUAGUAUCAGGGCUGCUACAAAAAAGACAGGGCUCCUGGUGGAGGCUAAAAUAGUCUGCCUUUUAGAUGGAUGCCAGAGCAGGGCCUCUUUAGAAGAUCCAAGUAAUGUACUAUAGCAUUGGCAUGUGAGAUACAACUGGUGAGAGAACCAGAAUUCCAGACUGCUUGUUCUUGUGCACUUUUCUGGCAUAUUUUAGUAAAUAUCUUACAAAAAUAUGUUGGCCAUCCACACCUUUCCUUCUCAAGUUGACUGGCAUAGAAAAUGGGUCCACAGUCCUACUCUGGAGCUGGUGCUCCAGGCUGGAAUCAGAUCUGAUGCUGUAAUGUGAUUCCGAGCUGAUUCAGCCCCUCUACAUCCCUGUAAAUGCUCUAUUUGGGAGAGUUUAUGCAUAGUUCCACCAGCUUUUUCUGCUUGCCCAUGUUUGAUGUACUAAAGCUUGCUUCCUGGAAUAAUGUAAUGUAAGGUCAGUGCCUAUAAACCUUUAGCAUGGAAGCGUAGUAAGUUCGGGAAAGAAAAACAAAGAUAUAGAUAUUUCUUUGUACAGUACUCUAAAGCCAGGAACAGUGUUCUUUAACCUUAUUUAAGGAUGGCUAUUUAAUGAAGUGCAAAACUUUAUCCCAAGGAAAAAGAAGGCUCAGGCUAUCCAGCCUAAACUGGUAGAUUUGGGGUUGAAUUAAGGUGUAUGUUUAUCAGCCUAUGUAAAUGUAUACAGUUGUAGUGCUGUACUCUUUGUUCAAAACAUUGUGGCAAGUUUGUUUUAUGAUAAUAAAUCUGUGGAUGAUUUGGUGGUGUUGGGCAAUUGUGUUUUGAAAAAGUGGGAGACGGAUGAUAAUUUAGAGUAAUAAUAAUAUCUGUACUAAAAGGGGUAUGUUAAGUUUUAUGUAUAUGUGAAAGAAAAUAUUUUAUGCUAAUGUAACAAAUGCUUAUAUUAAUUCCAAUGAGAGUUGGUCGCUUUGGAGUCUCUUUAUAUUUGUAUGUAUUUUUAAUGUAUAUCUUGCUUUUUAUACAUCUUGAAUUGGCUUACAAAGAUAAAAAAUGCAGGAGAAAUUCAAUAUCAUACUUUUCCAGGCUUUCUGUCAACACAAACAUUAUUGUUUGCCCAACGGAAAGAUCUUUCCUCUCCUCCCUCUGUGUGCUAUGCUGGGGGUUCUCCUAAACUCCCAGAGCCAGUUUGAAGUGCAUGAGAGAGCAGAGGGAAGCCCCACUGCAUUAGCAGAAGUCCUUGCACAGGCUUCCACUAGCGGGACCAGUUAGUUGAAUCUGACCUACAAUGUACAUAAUUUAAAACAUCACAAAAUAAGAACAUUAGAGCAGUACUCAUAAGAAGAAAGGGGUCUCAGAUGAGAGCAGAAAACUUGCUCAUUACAAAAAUGCUUUGAAGACAAGUUACUUGUUAACAGUCUGACUUUAACCUCCAUUGAUUUAGAUUGGAGAAGUGUAAUGGAGGAUAGGUCUGUCAGUGACAAUAUUAAACAUUCAAAUUUGGAAGUAAUAUGCCUCAGAAUAGCAGUUGCUAUGGAACAACAGUAGGAGAGACCUAUGUGCUCCAAACCUCUUUCUGUAUUUCCAUGAGACACAUGGUUGGCCACUGUGGGAUGUUGGAUAUGAUGAACCUUUGUAUGAUACAGCAGGCUCUUGUGUUAAAAUACAAUAAAGUGUAUAGAAGGCCACUAACCUUGUAACUUCAUCUCCAUGCCAUUUGAGGAAACUUGGAUGUUCUAAGUUACUAAAAAUGCACAAUAUACAGACUGUGUGUCACAAAGGGGAGUCUGAUGUGACCUGUGGGUAUAUGGAAUAGUUAUUUUGUAUAGAGUUACAGCAAAAAGGUACAGUGGUACCUCUGGAUGCGAACGGGAUCCGUUCCGGAGCCCCGUUCGCAUCCUGAAGCAAACCUGCACAGGUGUGAUUUGCCGUUUCCACGCAUGCGCGUGACGUCAUUUUGAGCAUCUGUGCAAGCGGUGAAACCCGGAAGUAACACGCUCCGUUACUUCCGGGUCGCCGUGGAGCACAACCCAAAAACGCUUAACCCAAAGCUACUUCAACUCGAGGUAUGACUGUACUUGGGCUCUGUAGGAAGUUCCUUUCUUCUUUGCUAAAUGCAGUGUAGACAAGUUAGAGCUACAACAAAAUGUUGCAUACUGCUGUUGUUCAGUAUACCUUAUUCGGGUCCUCUCCCCAUCCCCCAUUCAGCAUUCUGUGUGUACUGAACAUGUUCAGUCCUCAUUUGACUUUUUUUGGGGUUCUCUGCCUUUUGUGUGUGUUAGUAACAAUUUUUGUGUUACUAGGUCUGCUCAUGCCUUCCUUUUGUAUGGUUUUAGCUGCAGAUGUGAUGGCAUUCAGAUGAUUUAACUGAAAAUAGAAGGACUGAGUGAGAUGCCACAAUAAAAUGUUAAUUAUGUGUGGGAUGUUGUGUCCUCUUGCUUCUUCCCCAUUGAACAUUUCACUACUUUUGAGUUUUUGUUCCUUCAAAGCUUCAACUUAGCUAGGUAGUAGUCCUCAGCUUUAUUUAUAUAUUUAUUUAUUUAUUGUAUCAAAUUAUAGACUGCUUAAUAUCUGAAAGAUCUCAAAGUGGUUUACAAUAAAUAUAUAACUGUAUUUAUAUAUACACAUAUAAGUACAAUAACCAUGUGCAAACAGCCAGAAAAUGGGCUGAGCUUUAUUCACAGCUGGUUGGAUCCUACAUAUUGUGACUUGAUUUUUACUUUUGGAAUGGGCUUAUCCGCUUGCUACAAAACCAUACCCUCAUGGAUGCUCAUGGGAAUCAAUGGAUCCUGAUGAACAGCAUGGGAUGCUGUGGGUUGGGUGGGGAGCUGCAGUUGGAUGGGCAAUAAAUGAGAAUUAGGAACCUCCCUGGGGAGAGCAGAAUUACCUCUUGUUCUGCAAGCAGCCUAAUCCGGUAUAUGAACCUCAUUUGUCCCACCACCUCUGUGACAUAUGAAUUACCCAUAAAAGCUUGAAUAACUAAUGGAAUAACUAAUGUCAACUAUUGCUGUACCAGGGUACAUGAAUAAAAGGUAUCUUGUGCUUUAAGUGUAAUGGAUGUGUUCCCAAAUAUGUUAACUUCAAAUACAUGCAUAAAGUUUCUUCAGGUUUGUGUAGUGUUUCUUCGUCUGUCUUGAGAGAGGAAGGGAAAUAAACACUCCUUGUUGUAGAAUGAAUCUUUGUUCCUUUUACCAAUUAAUGUAUUGGAGUGGAAAUGCUGGCAACUUGCCUGGACUGUAACAAACAUUUCAGACUGACAGACUUGUCUAUGUGAAAAUGCUUAUGAUAGAGCUCCUUUCUUUUUGUCUGUAGUAGUUAGGCUUCAAUGAGUGUAGACAGUUCACCCAAAAUAAAAUUUCAAAAUAAUUGCAUUUGUCUGUAAUAACAAUGCAAAAAGGGUAUGACGUCUUGGAGACCGACUUACCUUUGUAUAAUAGUAGGAUCUUUCGUCAGGUCUGAGAAGAUGGAAAGCAUAGGUUUUAUCCAACUAAGUCACACUCAGAGUAGAAGACACAUUGAAAUGCAUGGACUAAAGUUAGUAAAGUUUGUUGAUAUUUCUGUGGGUCUGCUCUGCAUAUCACUAACAAUGGAUACAUGAAAUCCUACAGUUUGCUGCUGAUUAUGCUCUAAUACAGCAUAGCAUUGUUUAACUUUUGUAAUGGUUACUGGACUAUAUGUACAUGUGUCUUUGUAAAUCAGAGUUCUUCAGUGUAUCAGCAAAUAGCAUAUGUUCCAGAUUCUUUAAUCUGCAGUUUGUACAAAUUAGUUUUGAGGAGGAGUUCUAAAGUCAGUGAAACUCUGAAGACAGGAAUUAUCUUCAGUUCUCAGGGCUGAUGCAAAACAUUGCACUGCCAGAGUUGGGUGGACCAUGUCACCUUUUCUUCCUCACUGCUUUGUCUCAUCUGCUACUUGCUCACUCCUAUGGUAUAAGUUCUCAAUUUCUCACUCUGAGGAAAGUGCCCUUUCUCAAAGUGAGGUAUUAUGAGCAAGGUCACACAGCACCUUGAGGUGCUGCUGUUUUGAUACAACAGUGCCAGAUUUACUUUUUAGAAGAAACUUUUUCUUCAGAGUGAGGAAAGGACUAUGCUGUCAAGUUAGUGCCGGGCAGGUAGGAGGAGGUGGAAACAGUGGUGGAUGGCUGGGUAUGAGCAGUGGCAGUGGUAGUCUGCUAGUCAGGGCAGACAGAGGGUGAACGGGGGUACAAUCCACUGCCCCCAUCCAUAUCUGAACGUCAUUGCUCAUAAGGCCAGGCCUGAUGGUCCAUUGCUACUUCUGUCAAUAUAUCUUUCAGCAUAAGGAGCUUGAUGAAAUGUGUUUAAUCAACCAGGAAUCCUGGCUUAAAAUACGCUCUGCUGUGUCAGCUUCAAACAAUGGAUCAUAAAUUUGCCUUGUUAACGAAUCAUUGUUUUAAACCAGGAUCACUUCAUUGUACAUAAUGCUAAGCCAAACUUCUUUAAAAGCAAAAACGUAUGUGGAUGUUAUUCUGCUGUCUGCAUGGGAGAUGGGAGUGUGGAAUGUUCAAGCUCAAUGUUUCAUUUGAUUCAUGGAGGCUCAUCCACAUAGUGCUAGACUAUGGUUUGUGUGAACCAUCUAUGCCUCCGCAGUCAGUGUCUUCUGCUUCCACAUUGCAUAUGGCAUGCACAUAGGUCCAUCUGCCUAAUUUUCAUUUGUGAAAAUCCAUGUAGAAUCCUUCUGCAUGUAAUUUACAAAGGAAUCCUGUGCAUGUUGGCUGCAUUGUUGCAUUAGCAAGCUGGUGAUCACAGUUAAAUGGGUACAACAGCGAUGAAGUGUCGGCAACUGGUCUCUAUUCCAAACUGGUUAUUACCAACCUAAUGCAAAUGCAAGUACUUACAGUAUGUCAAUCUAAGUACCAUACUCCUUACAUGUACUGCCCUCUUGUACAAGUUUCUCUGAGUCAAGCCAAUUAGUAUUCUGCGCAGUUGUAUAUAUGCAGAAUUUUAAUGAGCAUGCAUUUUCUUGGGUCAGCUUCUUUUAGUAAUCAAGCAUUCUGGAAGCCAAAACUUUGUUUCUAUGCUAAGAAGAUAAAUACAAAACAAAGCCGUGUGAGAGAAGCUUCCUUGAAUUUAUCUACUUCUGUGCUGUGGUUGAAUAUCUAUUGUAAUCAUAUGGAUGCUUAUAUCCUCAAACAAUGGUAGGAUUUGGGUCAGAGAGUUUCCCUAAGAUAUCUCUCCCCCCGCAAAAAAUAAAUUAAAAAAAUCCUUACAUCAUAGAUGGCUUCAAUGCUCAAAAACCUUCCAGAAAUAUGUGAACAAAUGGAACUUUUUAUGUUCAUUUUUUAAGGUGUUUGGUCACACAUCAUGCCGUGGAGUCUCAUAAGAGAACACUACCCUGGAUUUGUAAUGGCCCAGAACUUAGUUUGAGGCACACAUCUUUUGUUCCGUAUUCAUUUAUACAUGUGCUAGCAAGGGGACAGUAUGAUUCACAGGGUUCCAGUGGCUUAGUGCAAAUGAGCAAAUGUGCCUGUUUCUGGAGGAAAGAUUGACGCUACAGUGCUCCUCCCACAGCCCUACUGCUUUACUAAUUGUUGGGCUAAGCCAUAGUAAGGCUUAGCAUUUCAACCAAACCCAAUUUUGUCUUUUCUCCCCCAGACAAACCACAAAUAAUAAAUUAAGAACAAACCUUGGUUACAGCUAGGGAUGCAUAUUCUAGGGUGAAGUGUGCAUAUAAAUGCAUAUACAGUGGUACCUCUGGUUACGAACUUAAUUCGUUCCGGAGGUCUGUUCUUAACCUGAAACCGUUCUUAACCUGAGGUACCACUUUAGCUAAUGGGGCCUCCUGCUGCUGCACGAUUUCUGUUCUCAUCCUGAGGUUCUUAUUCCUGUUCUUAACCCAAGGUACUACUUCCAGCUUAGCGGAGUCUGUAACCUGAAGUGUUUGUAACCCAAGGUACCACUGUAAUUCCAAAAAUAGCAUAGGAACAUGCAUUAUAUCAGGAAAAAUUAUUUGCAAAAAUAGUAUAUUAGCCAAAUCCUAUACAAAAAUUUGUACAUUAGGAAAAAUCUCAACUAUAAUCCUGAUGAGUUUCCUUGAGAAUUUUUUUUUUUAAUGAGAAACUGAAAUUGACAUAUAAAAAGAGGAAUAGAGGGGGGAAUGGAUUUGGGAAGUUAGCAAGGGAAUAAUUUAUAAAUUAUGUUACAUAUGAUGAGAUGAUGGGUGAGAAAGGGACUCACAACGUUGUGAUCUGGGAGGCAGAAUAGUAUUUAUUGAGAUGUAUAAAAAAAUUAAACCAAUGCUGUCAGUCCUGCUCAGAGUAAACCGACUGAUUGUCAGGGAUAUUGGCUAAGGGAGCAAUCCUUAUGCACAAGAAAGGGGCAUAAAGCAAAGUGUUGUAAAUUAAGCUGGAGUAAAUUUACACCAGAUCCAAAGUCCAAUCACCAAUGGGACUACAAAGCUUUAGCUGUCACAAAAUGCUAUGGAUUAUCUUACUGAACUGGGCCAGAAUUUACUGAGCUGUUGGAAAACCUUCAAUAUAGGUUUGGAAGUUUGAGAUUCCUCUUCUUACCUUUUCACCUACCUUAUAGCACAAAUCUUUAUAUGUGCACCCAGAAGUAAGUCCCACUGAGUUAAAUGGGGCUGAUUCUCAUGUAGGAUAGCAGCCUCAGUCACUUUGCAAGUUUUACAUUUACACAAAACAAGUCUUUUGAAAGCCCUGACAUGUUGGCAUUACACCUCAACACUCUGGAAAUCUUUUAAAAAGCAAUUUGAGCCAAAUAUUCUGGAUUGUCAUCCUAGCAGAUUGAGCAUUCACAAAAAUCAUUUGAAAAUUAAUUGUGGAAGUAUAUAAUCUGUAGACAUCCUUCAUACAGUUUAGUCUUCUUUAUACUGCUGCCAGUUUUACUUUUUGUUUAUUAGUAAUGAUGUUUUAUGUUCCAUUUCACCCCACAGUUUUUCUAAUAUUCUAUGUUGGAAAGUCUAAAUAGUGUUUAUUAUCAAAUAGUGUGAAACCCAAAGCAAUCAUGUUACCUUCUUGCUAAAAUAAAUGUUGGGAAUUAAGUAUCCUAUAUAUUUAAACCUCCCCAAAUAUGUUUUCUUGCUACGUGGAACAAUAAAAAUUAUAUUAAUUGACAUUUUCUCCUACCAUUUUGCAAGGGGGAAAAAUCCAAACAAAAGAAGACUGUUGAGUGUACAUCAUCAGUUUGGUAGGCAUAGUGUAAUUGAAGUCUCUGUUUUGUUGUUGGUCAGAUUUUCUAACUCAGUGGAUGAAAAAGUUAUAUCCUAAUUGUUUAGGUACUGAUGACAGCAACAGUUUAUUUAAAGAGAAAAAUUCACUGCAGCCUUUGCCACUGUUUUAUUUCCUACCAUCUCUUAAAACAAUAAGCAUGAGCCCCGAACGUGGCAUCAUCUCCUCUAGUCAUGGUCUACCUGUCUAGCUAUGCUUUUAUUUUGUGUCACGGGUGACAUAGAUAACUGGAAUUCAAUAUGAUAAUUUUAAUAUUAUAAUCUGAUUUUUGUCAUAUCUCUCUUCUUACUCAAGGUAACAGCUGGCUAACAUUUGUUCUAGUAGCUGCUCCAAUACUAUUAUAGCUUGAAGUUGAAUGCGAGUUUAUUUUUAGUUCCUGUCUUGAAUGCUGCUCAGUAACAUACUAAUUAACAAAGUAAUUACAUUUUAUGAUUAUCUGCCUGCUACUUUUGUCUGUAAUACCAUGAUAAGUUGCAUUUUUUCAAUGCAACUGAGUAGAUAACCUUAGCAUUCAUUUAUAAAUAUCACAAAGAAACACAAAAUGUGACUUUGAUGUGACAAGAUCAGACAUUAAGAUGAGCUGUUUGCUGAAUGUCUUUACAAUCCAAAUGAAAGAUACUUAGCUUUGGAUCAAGAAAUAUCUUAAGUGAGUGGAAAAGCCGCUUGUAUAAGGCAGUCCCCCACCCAACAAAAUUCUUCCAAUUUUCCCAUUCUGCUGCAGCUCCUGCUAUACCCACACCUUUCCUGCAGGGCCAUUAACCCCCAUCUAGUAGUAAUUUGUAGAGGAGAGAGGAGCCAGGAAAACCUAUUCUGUGAGACUAUAGAAUCCACUGCUCACUCAGUCUUCCUUAAGCUGUGGUUCUGAGCAUGCAUACUUGAACAUAAGUGCUGUUUUAAAAUACUAGGAAUAACAGCACUCAAACAGCCAGAAUCCCAAGGUGUGUGAUGUUUUCCAUGCUCACUAGGGGGCUUUAUUACAUCCCCUUUCCAGUUGCAGCCCCAUCCCAUAAAAUCAUCCCCUAAAAGUCAGCAUUCUUUGGUGCAGCAGAAAGGCAAUCAUGAGUAUAAGCCUGUUGCCUGAGUGUAUGAGCUUCUCUAAAUUUCUCCACUCUGAUUAGAAUCAGAUUUUAUUUAAAAUAUUCUUAGCAAUGAAAUACUUAGCAAUGAAAAAGCAAUACUGAGCAAUACUUAGCAAUGAAAAAGACUUUAGAAGCAGUGGGUAUUCAACUAAGUGUUACUCAAGAGUAGACUGAUUAAAAUUAAUGAACAUUACUAAAUUAUGCCCCUUUAUUUCAGGGGGUCUAUGUAAAACUUAGUUGAAUGCCACCCAAUAUGAAAAUGUGAUCUUGGUAUAUCAACAUACAUACAGAAUCUGUACAUAUUCAGUAACAUACUGUGGCAAACACCAGUUGUAAAGCUAACAGCACAUACAGUGGUACCUCGGGUUAAGUACUUAAUUCAUUCCGGAGGUCCGUUCUUAACCUGAAACUGUUCUUAACCUGAAGCACCACUUUAGAGAAUGGGGCCUCCCGCUGCUGCUGUGCCGCCAGAGCAUGAUUUCUGUUCUCAUCCUGAAGCAAAGUUCUUAAUCCGAGGUACUAUUUCUGGGUUAGCGGAGUCUGUAACCUAAAGCGUAUGUAACCUGAAGCGUAUGUAACCCGAGGUACCACUGUAAUUGGGUAAAUGCCUCCAAGCACAAGUGCAAAUUCUUAGAUUAAGUUAUUUGCCUUAAAACUUUCGCCCAAGCAUAUUGAAGCCACAGUUCUAUAAGUUUUUUACAUCAUUUGCUUGCUAAAGAUGUUCAGUUUUUAGACACUGAGUUAAUUUAUCAACAUGACCUUUUAGCUUGCAAUUUUAAAAGUUUGUUUAAAGAAGUGUUUUAUAUUGUCAAUUCUUACAAUAUAACAUGGGCAUACAGCAGUAUAUACAAUAAAAUAUAAAACACCAUUAAAAAAAGUACAAAACAGAUAAAAAUGAAUGGCUGACCAAUUAAUUCAAACAGUGGUAUAGGCCUGUCUAUAUAAAAGUUCUUCAAGGGAUACAUGGCAAUGAAAAAUGAGAGUGCCUGCAAAAUCUCUGAUAGAACAAUGUUCCAUAGCCUGAGAUCAGUAACACUAAAUGCCCAAUUUCUAGUGGAGGCCUAUUAAAGGUAAAGGGACCCCUGACUAUUAGGUCCGGUCGUGACCGACUCUGGGGUUGCGGUGCUCAUCUCGCUUUAUUGGCCGAGGGAGCCGGCAUACAGCUUCCGGGUCAUGUGGCCAGCAUGACUAAGCCACUUCUGGCGAACCAGAGCAGCACACGGAAACACCAUUUACCUUCCCGCCGGAGCGAUAACUAUUUAUCUACUUGCACUUUGACGUGCUUUUGAACUGCUAGGUUGGCAGGAGCAGGGACUGAGCAACGGGAGCUCACCCCAUCGCGGGGAUUCGAACCGCCGACCUUCUGAUCAACAAGUCCUAGGCUCUGUGGUUUAACCCAAAGUGCCACCCGCUUCCCUGGAGGCCUAUUAGACCUCUGUAAAAUAUUGGGCAACUAGCAGUACUUCUCCAGAUGAUCAAAGUUGUGAUUUGCUUUUAACAAGGAAUGCAAGACUAGAAAGUUCAGUAUAUUCAAUGCCUUAACUCACAACAUACAUUUCUUUCCUUUUAAUAGACUUCCACAGGAAAGUAAUUACAGCAAUUUUACUUGCAUGACAUGGUUUGGAAUGGAAAAAACACUGAGCAGAUUAGCAGAAGUAUAUUUUCCAAAAUGGCUGCUAGACAUCGUUCUGCAGCAUCUAUUUCAUAAACUCACAUCCAUAUACUGGAAAAUUGUUUACACAGACGUGUGUCAACCUGGUCCUAAUGUCUGUCUACUUUUUUUCCAUUGCAAACCAUGUCUUCCAAGUGGAAAUUGCCUAUGGCAAUUAUAAAGACAGGACUGAUUGUGUUAAUAUAUGAUGCUUUGAAGCCAUUACUGAAAAAAGAUUAAGAAAUACCCAAUAAUGUGUUUUGUGAAUAACAAAUAUGAAAUGACACACAUGUUCAUUGAUACAUACUAUUUGUAUGUACCUUGCAUGACAGAUACUUGUAAGCGGCUAAAAAAAUUCCUUGUACACUCCCCCAUCUUGUCUUGGUCUAUAUCCUUCAAACUUAAAGCUGAGCCUGAGGUGAAGACUGGAUUGGAAAGAAGUAUGAUAUAAGCAGAACUGACUGUGACACCUAAAGCGCUUUUACAGACCUCUUUUAAACUAUCUGAGCAAGUACUACAUAAAAGUAACAGUUGAGAGACCUAUUUUCUUUGACCAAAGGUUUUAAAACAAACAAAAAGCCAUGCAUAUAUGCAAAACAUUCAGAAUCCCUGACUGGAAGGCAAAAGUGCUGAAAAUGAACUACACAAAUUUGUCAUCUUACCUGCUACCCCUACAUUCCUCCCCCCCCCCCCAAAUAUCAGUAUGUUUUAUUUGAACUCCAGAGCUUUGGAGCUUCCAGAAUACUUUGGAUGGAGAAAAUAACACAAAUCUUUGGCAUAACAUAUGCUAUGGAAUUGGACAAAUUUCUACAUUAAUUUUGUUGAAGAAAUUGUACUUUUUAAAGAAGAUGUGAAGAAGGGUGAUAUAGAAAGUACUGAGGGAACAUUUUAUGUCUAUUGUUAGAGGGAGAUACCAUAGGGAAGAUUGGCUGUAAGAGAAGGAUAAAGUAACCUGUUCUGUACACUCCUGUAUAUUACUAGUUCCAGGCUGUGUAAAGUUGAUUAUUUCUGUAUACACUCCCUUCAUUGUUGGGAAGAAUAUAGCAGUUUUGUUUGUAAAUCUGAGAUUCAAGGGUGGGGGAGUGAUUAACAUGAAAAAUCAGGGGUUAGUCAUUGUUUUUUUUUAAUGUAACUGAAUCCACCUCUUGAAAUUCUCCUUCAAGAAGAAUAGCUCAACUUUGUUAGCAUCUUGUAUUUUGGAUAUCGCUUUUAACAGUACCUACUCUUUUUUAGAUUUCAUAUUGAAGAGCUAGUGCAUAAAUUUAUUUACUGUGUAUGGUGACAUUAAAUUUUUCUGGUGCUGCACUAUUUUGGUUUCUUAAAACUGAAAGGUAAUUAUUUUCAAAUAACAGUUAAAACAAUGGACUGGCUUGCAGAACAUGCUAAGAAAACUUUGCUCCUCCCUAGGUUUUUUCCCUGCCAUAGUCUAAUUAUGUCAACCUCUGUAGCUUGUGGUUAGUGAAGAGAUAGCUUAAGCAUCAGUUCAGGUUUGGAUAACAUUCUAAAUCUAAGCCAAACUCUGGCUUAGAGAAGUAGCAAAAGGUGGAGCAAAGAGACUGCAAACUCCUCUUUAGGAGCCACAGAGUCUCACUAAGCCAAAGUUUGUCUUAGUGUGAUUUGCCAAGCAUGCCUUGUGACUGAGGGCUCUGAUUGCUAAAAAAGAAAAGAAAAAACAUGAAAUGUUGUGCAGGUUAAGAUUUCUUCAUGACUAAAAGAUUUAGAAAGGAAAGUUUUAAUUUUAGUUGAUUAUGUGGGAAAUAUUUUAUGAGUAGAUAUGAAUAGGUAUUGCAGAUAACACUUGUACAUGCAUUUCUAUGUGAUAGAAAAGGAAGUAUUUUAAUAACUACACUAAAGCAUUGGUAAUGCAGGUGUAUAAUUUUUGUAUUGGCUAAUAGGAAUGGAUGGCAUACCCUGCAGCUACAGAAUAUGUGUUAUAUGGCAUUUUGAAAAAAUAAGAUCUAACACAAUGCAUACUUUGAAAAGGCACAGGGAAUAAAAAAAAAAUCUUUUGUUCAGUAGCUUGUUGUAUCAAAGGUUAAAUAGAGUGAGCUCUGUGGUUGUCUGUCAUUCCAUUUAUUAUUUCAGUAGCUGCAAAAAUUUUCAUGUAGGGUUGUAAUCUUUUUAUCAAGAAUGUAGCAUUCUCUGUGGAUUUGAAUUGCAAAUGACUGAAAAUAGUGGAAAUGAAAAUACAACUGCAUCUGUUCUAUAUCACAAGUUACGUGGAUACCAGAGUGUGUUGUAGGUCUCUCUCUCUCUCUCUCUCUCUCUCUCUCUCUGUGUGUGUGUGUGUGUUACACAAAGUAUGGAGCCUCUGUACCACAUAAUGAUGUCAUGUUCUAGCUGCUAUUUUAUUGCUCUCUGAGCACAAGAAUCCUGCAUGAACAGUACUGUAUUCAGUAUUACCAGUGAUAAAUGCCUCAAAUCUCUGUAUAGAGGAGCCAGAUUCCCAAGUGAUUCUUGUAUUCAGGCUGUUGGGGCUUGGACCUACAUGAAGGUCUAUCCAAAGCUAGGCUACAAGAGCUGUGGAAUACCAUGGUGCAUGGUGUAGUCUUAGUAUAUGUGCAUGCCGAAGCAUGGUGUAGUCUUGACAAGGCUAUGGUACUCCAGUACUAACGCAACACAAUUUUAAAUUUUUAAAGAAGAUUUAAUUGUAUUGUUUAUAGUAUGGACAUAUUUGCCACCCUGCACUUCUUUGGAGGAAAGGCAGGAUUUGUUAUUGGCGUCUGUCUGUGUCAAGAGACAAUGGAGGGUGAAGUCAAAUUGCUGGAGAAUCACAGCACCUGCUGUUGCUGCAGAGACUGGUAACUUGUAACUGCUGCCUCCCACGUUGUUUUUGCCUGGGUAGUGUGUUUGGAGGUUCUGGGCUGACCGGAUGACAAAAUCCUUCUCUUUGCCUCACUGAUAUGGACCAAAGGAAAGCAGAGCAAAACUUUAGCUUGGCUGCAGGAGUUGCUGGAAGGAGGCGUACAAGAUACCAUUCAACCAUCUUAGGGACUCCAUUCUGGAUGGUCUCCUUAGUCUUUUCUUCCCCCGAAGAUGUCAUGCAAAGCAGCAGAUAAAAUGCCAGAUAGAAAUUUAAUAAAUAAAAAGUAGCACUAUGGUAAAUAUUUUGGUAUGCUGUUGAGGCAUAGCUGCGUGUACACUUCAGCAUCUUGCCCUAUGGUUGGUAUCAGUGCUAUUUUUCUAGAAAAAGAGGUGCCAGAACUCACCGUGAGCCACUUCCCUCAUUCUCUUAGCAUGGCAAUGGUGCCCGCCUGAGAGGUGGCUGAACUGAGUUCCGUUGAGUUCUGGCUGAAAAAAAUCCUGGUUGGUAUGAUCUAGCAGUUACAGUGGUACCUCGGGUUACAUACGCUUCAGGUUACAGACUCCGCUAACCCAGAAAUAGUACCUCUGGUUAAGAACUUUGCUUCAGGAUAAGAACAGAAAUUGUGCUCUGGCGGUGCGGCAGCAGCGGGAGGCCCCAUUAGCUAAAGUGGUGCUUCAGGUUAAGAACAGUUUCAGGUUAAGAACAGACCUCCAGAACGAAUUAAGUUCUUAACCCGAGGUACCACUGUAUAGGCAGGACAACACAUAGGAUUUAGGAUGAAAAGAGCAUCAUGUUGAUGAGAUUGCUAGCAGCAGAUAAUGGUCCGUCUACAGUUGAUCAUGCAAGAAUAUGCCAUCUGCUCUGGAGUAAAAAUUGUUUUUCUGCCAAACAAGGCGGGAGAGAGUCCUAAGGCUUUUGACUGCAAUAAAUGUUCAGACAUCUAAACCAGUUUGUAUAGACUCAUCCCAAGGCAUAUGACAGUCUAAAUCUAAAGUAGUGUGAUUUGUAAAUGUAAAUUUCUUUUAUAGGUUGUGAACUCUUUGGGCAGAAUUAGUAGCAUUUGGGGAAACUUAUGUUGCUCUGAGCCCCUGGGAUAGAGUGGGAUAUGAAUUCAAUAAAAGAGUAGAUAACCUUUGCUAGUAGUUUCUAAUGUUGCACAUAGUAAUUCUACCUAAAGUCAUGUGAGUUUAUGUGCAAAAUAUGAAUUUAUACAAAUAAUAUUAAGCUACAAUGAAAUGAAAUGAACAGGACAGCUUAAAACCAAUUAAAAUAUAGUACAAGUACUGUGCUAUGUCUGUGUCCAGAUUCAUGUGUGAAUUUUUAGCCUGCCUAGUGCAACCCCUCCCAAUGUUGUUCACAAAAUUAAAACCAUUUAGAAAUAUUAAAUACAUUAUAAUUAUAUACACUAGCAACAUUUCCCUCCUUUGUUUAAACUUUACAUACUACCUUUCAUCCUACACCGUAGCAUUGAAAUGUAUAUCUUCAUGACAAUGGUCAGCCAUGAAUCUGAUUAUCAUUGUACCGGCCAGCCAUGGGAAAUUGGAGGAUUGGUACCUCUGAUGUAUGUAUUUGGUCACUCAUUUUCCUUAAGUUUUAAGUCUCUAAGGUUAAUGCCUCAAAGGAUGGGUAGCAAGGCAAAGCAGUACCUGUUCAGGUUUCAUCCAGCUUAAAGUAUAUUGGUAAGGAGUUGGACUGUGGACUGCUUCCAGGCCCAGUUCUGAAAGCUAGGAACUUGAAGCCACUGGCUCAUUCUGCAACCUUGGUGUUUGGUGGCUCCCUUCCCACACUUGGGAAGGCACAGUGUAGGCUUACCAAGGAAAGGCUGUGAGUCAGGUUUUUCAAAAAUUAAUAGCUGCAUUAUUUAAAUAAAUGUGCCAGUGCUUCUGAAAAAAACAAGGGAUUUCAUGAAGAAAGGGCAUUGAGGAGCACAGCCUCCGAUAAGAAAUGUCUUCCAUUUUAUUACUCUCUCUCUUUUUUUUUUUUUUGUAAUGGCUAGACUACUCAAGGUUGUUAAAUUAUACAGUGCAUGCUUUUAUCGUUCCUUUUUGUUAGGGUUGAGAAAAAAAAUACUUGGAGUAUUUUCUUUCCUGCAGGGCUAAUGUGUAAGAACUGAAGUGAGGUGGAAAAAAGUUGCCUAUCAGAAAUGAAAUUGUUCUUAAUAUCUCUUUGGGGGAGGCUUGCAUCAUGAGUGGCCCAGCUGCGUUUUUGUUUCUUACCAUAUUAAAGCAAUCUUUGUCUAUGUUAAAAGUCUGAUAUACAGAGUAGAUCACAAACUGAACAGUUUUUCCAUUCUUGUCUGGUGCAAUCUUUGCACUGUUCUUACUCCUUUUUGUCCAACACAAUGCAUUUUUUAAACUACUGUAGAGGCCAUUUGCCACUUAUGUGGGGGUUAUGUUCUGGGCCCCUGCACACAUAAGUGAAAUUGUGUAAAGUGGGGAGCACCCUUUAAAUGCUCUCUCUUUCGCUUUUUCUUCAAUCCAAUCUGAAAAUACUGUGUUCAAAAAUAUCAACAACUAGAAUUACCGUAUUUUUCGUUCUAUAGGACGCACCGGUCCAUAGGACGCACCUCGUUUUUUGGGGGGGGAAAUGAAUAAAAAAAAUUAUUCCCCCCCCCCGCGGCUGCCGCCCCAAGCCUCGCGUGCUUCGGGCUGCAGGCUACCUCCCCAAGCCUCGCGCGCUCGGCGGGACCUCCCACCGGGCGCGCGAGGCUUGCAGACACUCGCCCGAAGCACGGGGAGCCCUCCGGAGGGCUCCCGUGCUUCAGGCGACAGACUGCCGCCCCAAGCCUUGCGCGCUCGGCGGGACCUCCUGCCGGGCGCGCAAGGCUUGCAGACACUCGCCCGAAGCACGGGAGCCCUCCGGAGGGCUCCCGUGCUUCGGGCGACAAGCUGCAGCCCCAAGCCUUGCGCGCCGGGCGGGACCUCCUGCCGGGCGCGCAAGGCUUGCAGACACUCGCCCGAAGCAAGGGAGCCCUCCGGAGGGCUCCCGUGCUUCGGGCGACAAGCUGCAGCCCCAAGCCUUGCGCGCCGGGCGGGACCUCCUGCCGGGCGCGCAAGGCUUGCAGACACUCGCCCGAAGCACGGGGAGCCCUCCGGAGGGCUCCCGUGCUCGGGCGACAAGCUGCAGCCCCAAGCCUUGCGCGCCGGGCGGGACCUCCUGCCGGGCGCGCAAGGCUUGCAGACACUCGCCCGAAGCACGGGAGCCCUCCGGAGGGCUCCCGUGCUCGGGCGACAAGCUGCAGCCCCAAGCCUUGCGCGCCGGGCGGGACCUCCUGCCGGGCGCGCAAGGCUUGCAGACACUCGCCCGAAGCACGGGGAGCCCUCCGGAGGGCUCCCCGUGCUUCGGGCGACAAGCUGCAGCCCCAAGCCUCGCGCGCUCGGCGGGACCUCCUGCCGGGCGCGCAAGGCUUGCGGACACUCGCCGGGGCUGCAGGCUGCUGCCUGCAAGCCUUGUGAGCCCGCGGGAACUCCCACCGGGCUUGCAAGGCUUGCGGAUAGCUUCCUGAAGCCUGGAGAGCGAGAGGGGUCGGUGCGCACCGAUGCCUCUCGCUCUCCAGGCUUCAGCGAAAGCCUGCAUUCGCUCCAUAGGACGCACACACAUUUCCCCUUCAUUUUUGGAGGGGAAAAAGUGCGUCCUAUGGAGCGAAAAAUACGGUAAAGCUCUGGGGGCUGGCAGGAGGCUGUAGGAUGAAUGGAAAAGCAGUGUCAGUAGCUGCUGCUGCUGCUGCUGCUGCUGCGCUACCCCUCACAUCAGCUGUUAGGGAGGCUAAGCAGCGUAAACAAAGCCCUGCUGCACCUCCAGUCUCUUCAGGGCUCUCCAUCUUUCUUUUGGACUCCAAUUGAACACAGAUCUAUUGAAUGCAAAUCAGACAUGAUGUUGAAUACCUCAUUUUCAAAUAUGCCAGUUAAAAAAAUAGGCAUGUAAGGGCUAUUUUUAUUAGGAACCUAGCAUAGGGCUGCCAUUACUGGGAUUUCAAAGGUGGCAUUGAUGUUCGUGGGGAAUUUCCAAAAUGUGCUUUGUUCUGAAUCGUAGGAAGUCAAUUGAAAAAUUGUGAUAUUUUCACAUUUUUGUAAAAAAAAGCUUAAUAAUUUUUGGGGGUUUCUAAUAAAAAGCUCAACAAAUUUUUAGGUGUCAUUUCUUUAACUUUUUGAAAUAUGUCAACCCUACCCAUAUAGGGAAGUUUAAGCUCUUUCGAUGUUUUUUUUGGGGGGGGGUGUCACUCAGAUAAGGGAAGCAAUUUUUGUUCACUUGCCCUACAGCCCUCACUCCCAAAAUAUACUCCAGUGUGUUGGAAGACCCUCCAGAAUAGAUUUGGCAUGGGUGGUUCAGGGGUUUGCAGAGGGGAGGGAAAACUACUGAAAAGCACUUCUUCUAUACAGCUGAGUAACGCCAUUUGGUACAAUGGUUCCACUUCUGCUAUGGUCUUGACCAAGACCUCUCUCCUGCCAAAAUCUACAAGCUGCAGGAAGAAAGCCUCGUUGGUACCCUCACAUACCUUUAAACACACACACACACAGUUGCAAAUGAUGUCUGUAGGGUUGCAUUUUAGUUUCAUCCAAAGUUGUCUUUUAGAUGAAUAUUAGAAACAGGACUGGUUACAAAUCAACACAAAACCAGGCUUGGGUGGCCAUAGUUGAUUUACUGAAGCCCACUGAAAUUGGUGUGUUUAAGCAUAUUUAAGUGUUGUGAUGGAUUGUGUCAAUCAGUGGGACCCGCUAGUAAACCCUGAGCCAUUUUCAGGUGGAUCUCAGUGCCAUGUGCUGUUGAGUGUCUCUUACUUGCCUUCUCUGCUCCCUAGCUGUGUUUGGCAAAUGUUUUGGUUUGACUCAUGCUAGCACCAGCAGCUCCUUGCAAGCUAGGUAGAGGUGGCUAGGAUGGAAAAGAAGUUUGUUGGUUAAAGAGGAACAAGGCCUCUGAGGAAAAAUGUCCAGGAGUCAUGUUUAAGAAAUCUAGAAAGAGGAGGGAAGAAAGAAACAUGGUUUGGGGUUUUUUUGGGGGGGGGGGGAAUAGGCACAAAUUGAGUGUGAAUGGAGAUAUUUCAGAAGAUGUGUAAAAAAUAAUUUCAGGGACAUGCAGAGGUAGGGAGAGGAAAAAAGAAAAAGCACUGGCCACUUAGAAGCCCUAAAAUGGGGAGACUGUCCUACUAUCUCCAGAGCAAAUGUCUGUACUCAGCAUAUGGAAAGCUGACCUAUGUAAAUCUUUGCUACAAGGGAAAAGCUGUGGCAAAGAAUUUAGCAGUUUUCAAAGCUAGAUUGAAUAUGAGCAGAAAAGGAUGCCAGUGAUUGCUAGUGGAUUAUGCCAGGUGUUUUCCUUUGCCCCUCCCCCAAUUUUGUGACAGGCUCUUUCUUUGCACCACCAUUUUGUGACUGGAGUGCCUUAGUAAUUUUCAACCAUCUCAAGUGAGCCUUGUGAGUAGAAAGUUUUGGAAUCCCUGAUUUAAGGAAUAACAUAUUUAUUUGGUGUGAUUAUAAGUAUGUACUCUUGCCUGAGAACACAGGAUCAAUCUUGGUCAACUUAUUCCAGCAUUCUUUGCAAGAGUCCCAGCAACCAGGAGGCAAUAACUGGUCCAUCAUAAAUUGGCCAAUAGCCAGUCUUCUCUGCACGCCAGAUUAGAUGACUCCAAAGGAUUCUGGCCACCCUUGAGAAGCUGUGGUCAGAGUCCCCAUCACUCCCUUUCCAAAAGGGGUCUCUAGGAAGGUGUCUCUGCUUGAUAUUAAGGGACAAGUAGGCACAGAGGAAGAGAGAUGUUCCAUAUGUGUAUAUUUUAGCUAAACAAAGACGUAUAAUGAAAUUUGUAAAUGUAAUUGAUAGGUAUUGUUUAGUUUCAAAAUGUUUUGCUAGCAUUCCUGCUUACCUUUAUCACAAAAAGAAGUCAAGCCUUUUUUGCUUUUGCUAACUUAAUGUACUUAUUCUUUAAUAUUAAUGUAUUCUUUGUACUUGCUGUCAUUUUAAUAGCACGAUAAAACAUCACUUUUAAUGACAUGUGGCAUUCAGUACCAUGCCACAAAGUGUCCUGUCAGAUUAUUUUGAAAUUCUUUUUUCUGAGUAAGGAAGUAAUCUUUUAUAUGUGUAUUUGUGCAGGUAAUAUAUGCUUUGAACACAAAGAAUGAUGAACAUGAGGCUGCUAUUCAAGCCCUCAAAGAUGCUCAUGAAGAAGAAAUCCAACAAAUUAUUGCAGAAACCAGAGAAAAGAUUCUACAGUAUAAGAGUAAAGUUUCUGAGGAAAUGGAUCUCAAAAGAAAAAUCCAGGUUUUAGAAGAGUCAUUGGAAGAUCAUAAAAAGAUGAAGCAUCAAGCUUUAACUGAGUUUGAAGCAUAUAAAGACAGAGUUGAGGAUAUGCAACUUUGUGCAGAAGCUCAGCAUGUUCAGCGUGUAGUAACUAUGUCACGGGAAGUAGAAGAAAUUAGAAAGAAGUUUGAGGAGAGGUUGCGGAGUUUUAUACAAUUACAAGUACAGUUGGAAAAGGAUAAACGUUCAGCUCUUGAAGAACUAAGAGCUGCACAUAGACUUGAGGUCCAGGAACUUGUAAAGACCCAUCAGAACCAGAAUGCUACUUUAAAUAAGGGACAGGAAAAGUUAGAAGAAUUACACAGGCGGGAUGUGGAAGAACUGAAUGCCAAAGUUGAAGAGCUAAGAGUGGAAAGAAAAAAGCUAAUUGAGGACUAUGAAGGUAAACUCAGCAAAGCUCAAUCUUUCUAUGAGCAUGAACUUGAUACUAUGAAAAGGUCGCAGCUAUUUACGGCUGAAAGCCUGAAGACCUGCAAAGAGAAGGAAAUAGAACUAAGAAAGGAGUUUCAAAGCCAAGAAUCUGUUUUACGAAAAAACCUGGGAAAGCUUAAGACUGAAUUGCAGAUGGUACAGGAUGAAGCAGGUGGUCUACGAGAAAAAUGUCAGAAACUUCAAGUAGCACUCAACACAGCAGAAAACAAUGUGCAGGUGAGAUGAGAAUUGUUACAUUAUUUGUUUAGAACAAAAGUAAUGUAACCUGUAAGAAGUAAUGAUGGUUCACCAUUUGUAUGUUGAUUGCAAAGUUUCAAGUCUUUGUCACUACCACUUGGCUGUUUCACAUCUUUCCUAUAUACAUGAUAAAUGACUUAUUGCAUACUGGACCUCAAAGACUCAGUUGCUGGGCUUUUCCUCAACACAAAGUGGUUACACGUAGUGAAAAGCAUUACAAUGCUUCUGUGUAUAGUUAAGGGAUAGAGUGUUCUACUGGGUGUUCCAUAUAUUGAAUAUGCAAGGAAAUAAUUUAUGUGUGCAUGAAGUUUAGCUAACAGUUUUAACUUCUUUCUAUACAAAAGUAGUUUCUUUGUCAAACAAACAAACAAACUGGUAAAACGUUUUGAAGUGGCCUUUGGUUUCUUAUCUGAGUCAGAUGGGGAAUGUCAAACUCUGGUUGAUUUUGUCCCUUACUAUAUGGAAACUAAUAUUGACUCUGCUGCUUUUGGUAUUUAGGUUGUAAAAGUUGUGCAAAGAUAGGUGUUUAUAAAAAUACCUACUUUGUUCAUUUACUUACACACAAGUUUAGUUGAACUAAAUGAAAAAGAUGUGAAGCUAAUUGAUGAUACGGUUAUAUCCAAAACAUAUAAAUAAUUUUGAGUUACUUACUUGUGAGGUUUUAAGCUGUGAUCGUCAACUUCUUUCAUAUGUUGUACCAGACGCUUCCUUACCAAACAACUUGAGACCCAGACACCUUCAGAGCAAGGUUCAUACCCCCCAUGCUGAAAUUGGCAGGUGCCCUCUCAGUGUGAAAGGUGAGGACAUUCAAGAUGAGUCUCUGUAGUGCCUUGUGGGGUGCUGUUCACUUGGGCACUGCUAUUUCCCUUGUAAGUUGUCUGAGAAGUAGUACUGCCCAAACCAAAAGCAGUGCAUGGAACAUAUCUGCAUAUUAGCCUUCAUAAUGACCCUAAAUGCAGAAGCCUCUUGGGAAUCCCUCAACUUAGCACUCAAGAAGGAUGCAGUACUGAUAUUUUAAAAGUUUCACAUAACUAUUUUGGCAUGGGUAACCCUACUUUCACAUUAGAUUGCUUGGGAAGUUGCAUAACCCAGGCAAAAAAGUCCCAUGAAAGAUUCUGUUUCUGAGUUAGCUGCACUUCCAACACUCCCCACCUUAAAUAGAGAAAUUCCUCACGUGCCCUUCUGUUAAUAUUCAGUCAUGUACUGCUUCUCUCUCUCUCUCUCAGGCCACCAGAUGCUGAGAUGGGGACAGGUUGAAGCAAACAGCAGGAUGACUACUCCUAAAGGAGCACAGUUGGCCAUUCCUGAUAUAAAGGAUCCAGUCAUUCUAUUUUCUGGUUUACCAUAUUGAUGGUUUUUGAGGAUGGAUAUUCCUUCCUGCUGCCUUUGGGACUUUAGAUUGCUGAAGGGCCUGUUGCUGUGCUAGCUGCAGAAACACGUUGCCUUCCUCACCUUACAGUAGAUUUAGAGGGUGAAACAUUUAAAUAUGGCAUUGGUUCAAGUUUAUAUCCAAAACUAUGAUACAGUUUUUCCAGGUGAAGCUACAGUAGAUUUUCUUCUAACAGUGAAAGCAAAUGACAAUAUGAAGUAAUUAACAGUUAAAAUUGGUGGCUUUGAUCCAGGGACCCCUUGGGCAAGCAGAUGGCACUUAUAUUGAUGCAACAAAUUUGGGGUUGUAUCCAAAGCAGUGCCAGUGGAGUUCUGCUGAUGUUUCUCCUCCUCCACCCCAUGCUUCCCAAAUCUUCUCUGGAGAGUCUCCUAAUCCUCCAAAGCUGAUUUUGAGGUUGGGAAGUGCAGGGGAGAAGAGGAAUAAAAAGUUCUGUUCAACCAGCACACAUCUCUUGCACUUCUGGAAUGGGAGCACUGGAUACCACCCCACCAAUUUCCCAGCCUCAGCUUGAAGCCACCAGCUUCACUUUGGACACCAUUUUAGGGGGUCCCCUGACCCAGGACUUUUUUUUCCAGCUUGAACUCACCGGAACUCAGUUCCAGGACCUCACAGGUAGGCGCCAUUGCCAUGGUAAGAGAACAAAAGGGAGCGGGUGGCACUGUGGUCUAAACCACUGAGCCACUUGGGCUUGCUGAUCGGAAGGUCAGUGGUUCAAAUCUGUGCAACAGAGUGAGCUCCCAUUGCUCUGCCCCAGCUACUGGCAACCUAGCAGUUCAAAAGCACAACAGUGCAAGUAGAUAAAUAGGUACUGCUGCAGCAGGAAGGUAAACGGCGUUUCUGUGCACUCUGGUUUCCAUCACAGUGUUCCAUUGCGCCAGAAGUAGUUUAGUCAUGCUGGCCACAUGACCCAGAAAGCUGUCUGUGGACAAACUCCGGCUCCCUUGGUCUGAACCAAGAUGUGCACCGCAACCCCAUAGUCGUCUUUGAUUGGACUUAAUUGUCCAGGGGUCCUUUACCUUUACCUUUUAUAAGAGCAUUGCCCUUACCCAAAGGAGUGGCUUUUAGAUGCUACAUAGGGGGCUGCAAUGGAGUGAACUCAGAAAAUAUCUUUUGAUCCUCUGCAUCCUAGUCACAUAUUAUGAAAAAACAUGGUUUAGCACUGUGUGUGUGAAUUUGCAGUCACAUGCGCACUCUCCUCCAUGGUAAAAGGUUGUUACCCUUCUACUGGGUUCUCCAUUGUUUUGAACAGAUAAGCACAUAAACUAGACAUGCAUGCCAAAAGAGUUACUCUCCUGGGAUAGGAUGGUUACAGUGGCACCUUGGUUUACAAACUUAAUCCGUUCCGGAAGUCUGUUCUUAAACCAAAGCAUUCUUAAACCAAGGUGUGCUUUCCCAUAACAGCGGGAGACUCAAUUUACAAAUGGAACAAACUCAACAGGAAGCGAAACAUGUUCUGCUUCCAAGGCAAAGUUCACAAACCAAAACACCUACUUCGGGUUUGCAGCGUUCUUAAUCCAAGUUGUUCAUAAACUAAGCUGUUCUUAAACCAAGGUACCACUGUAUUUUGAAGUGUAACUAAGAAGCGGAUAGGGGGAGGGGAGUUAUUGUUUUGUUUUAGUUUUGUUCUUGCUUUUAUUAUGAAUGUUGUGUUUUUAUAUUGUGAACCACUCUGAGAUCCAUGCAUGAAGGGUGGUAUGUAAAUUUACCAUAGUGAAUAAUAUUAAUAAUAAACUUUUUUGCAAUUUAACCUAUUUUGUAUCCAAUAAUGGAUUAUGGGACUUUGGUGGAUUUUGCUGCUUGUGACUAAAAGCUACUAAAACCUCUUCUAUCCUUACCUCAGAACUUAAAUUUGUAUUCUAGCUUUCUUCUUUUCAUUUUAUGUAGACUGCCUCACUGAAAUCUCACUUCUGUGGCGUAGUCAUGAACUCUAAUAGUUCUUGAACAUCUUUUUCUAAUUACCGGUAUUGACAGUUCUUAGCCAAUUCUCCUGCUUUUAUUCCGCAUGGGACUAAAUGCAUGUUUUAAAUGUUGAUUUACUUACCUCCCCCAGCCCCGAAGACUAAGAAGUGGUUCUUCUUGCCAUUCUUCCUGCAAAUUUGAUAUAUAUUGUGCUAAAUCAUGCAGUCAUUAAUAUUUAGUACAAUGGCAUUUUCAGUCUUCUGUCUCUGUGCACAUUAAGCACUUAUCAAUUUUCUAUGACUGUCAUCUAACAUAGCUUUAAGGCUUGAAAAAGGGAUAAAAAUUAUAUAUUGAGCGUGCAUAAUACAUAGCAUUGAUUUGCAAUCAGUCACACAUAGCUUAGUCAUGCCUCUUUCCUUGUAAGCUGCUUUUUAAGUUGGCAUAUUUUCUUUAAUAAAGUUCAUUUUUGUAAUGGGAACUUAAUAUGUUGUUCUAAUUAAAUUGCAUUUUUUUCUGUCAGGGCAGAAUGCCAACAUGUCUAUACUAUUACUGGAACAUUUAUUCUGACUUAUCUGAAUGGCCAUAUAAUUAAAAAAUGCACCACCUGAGUACUUAGAACACAGCCCUCCUGAUGGUGGAAGCCUAUCUGGUCCCUUCUUUCCAUUCAGAAAAAUGUCUUCUAUUUUUCAUAUUAUCUUAUUAUCAACAUGAUUGUUUGUCAUGUUGCUGUUUUAGUAUUUUUGUUUGCUUCCGUGUGUGUGUGUUGUUUUCAUCAUGGAGUGUGAGGCUUGUGGGCCUGUACACCCACCCAGCCACAUCAAAUGUAAAAGGAAAGGGUUACAUUUAACAUUGUAUUGUUUUCUACAUUGAUUGGGGGGGAUUAAUUAUUAGACACAUUGGUACAUCAGGCUUGUAUGCAAGAGGCUCACAGACUUUUGUGACUAAAGCACUGCAAGAAUGUCCAGGCAAGAAAGUUGCUAGCAGCCUUUGUUUUAUAAAUUGGUAAAUUUCAUUCAUAGUUGUCCCAUUUAAAAAGCAUUACCUUGUCCUUUUAAUAUGGUUUUCUCUUCUCUUAGGCUCUUCAAAAACAGUUGGAUGAUGUCAAAGAUGAGGAAAUGUCAUUGUUAAGCAAACACAAAGAGGUUGAAAGUGAACUAGCAGCUGCUAGAGAACGUUUACAGCAACAGGCCACAGAUCUAGUACUAAAAGCCAGUAUGUGUGCAUAUGUUUUUAUGUGCUUUGUAUGUAAUCUACCUUAAGUAUAUAUUCAGAAUGUUUUUGUUCAGUAGUUUAAUGCAAAAAGCCUGUUUUAUACAAAGCCUUUAUAACCUUUAAAUGAUGAAUUGAAAAGCUUAUAGUAUAACUCUUUUGUUAUUGCUAGACUUUGCUUAUAUCAAGAGUGAUGGGAAUGUAGCAGCCCAGGCCAGGUAGUUUCUCACUUCUCCCACCAACCCACAGGUCACUACAACAAGUAGGCAGGGCUGCCCAGAUGUCAGUCCCCUGAUAUCAUUAUGACAUUGGGUGACAACUUCAGAUAAGUUAUCCAUCAGCACAAAUCAUCAAAUUAUUGGCACUGUCAAGGAGUGCUGCUUACCAAGGAACAAUUGGGAGCACACUUUAAGUUCCCAGUUGUUCUUUGCAGCUUUUACCUGCCCCAUACCUGGUGUCACAUAUUAUGUCUGGUGUACAGCAGAUAUGUUUGGUUUGGGGGUAAUGGCCUCAUGUGUCUAAUUUGGCCUGCAGGCCAGAGCUUCCUUACCCCGCUGUCUUAAAUUUUGAACUUUCUAGCAUAUAUGUGAAAUAUAGUGGGAAAAAAAUCAUUGUUAAAGUCUUGAAUAUAUAAUGCAAACAUACAUACUGAGAGACUCCAAAACACUCAGUGUGAAGUCUUGUAUUCUCUAUUAAUUAACUUUUAUAAUUUCUGAAGGGGUACCUCUCGCAGCGAAAACAACUGAAUCUUGUGACGUUUUGAAAACUUACACAUUUAUUAUGGCAUAAUCUUUCAUGGAUUGCCUUGCUGGUUUUUGGCUUGUUACUGUUUUACAAUUUGAAGGCUGGUCCACACAUUAGAACUCUUUUCUCCCCGCCCAGCGCAGAAAUACAGUUGGCUUGAGGCACACAAUUGAGUGAAAAGGUGCAACCAAGAGUUGUUACUGGCUUGAUGGUACUGUGUCAUGGGCCAGAUCCAGCCCAGAUGCUGGCAGUUAUGCACUCCUGUUGCUGAUUGUUCCCUACCUCUCUAAAAUAGUAACAAAAUCUGUUUCAGAAAUUUUAUUCAAUAGAGUAAUAAUUUUGGGCAUAACCUUCUGUGCACAAGCCCAGCACUGCUAUUGAUGCUCUUAUUGAGUGUAGCCUGUUCAGGAUCCUGGAAAAAAGAAGAAUUAGUGGAUUGCUCUAUUCAAGAUAUAGAAAAGCUUUAUAAUUAUGGGAACUGCUGGGUAUGCUGCACUUUGCUCACUACAACAUUUGCCAGGGCUGCAAGUGUUAGGGAGUGGAAAAGUUUAGUGGACUUUUAGGGUGAUUUCCUCUUACUUUAGCCGUUCAAGAGUUGUGUCAAUGAGUUAACUAUAAAAUGAGUUAACUAUGAAUGUUCUAUGACAGAAUUACUCUUCAGAAGACAUUGUGGUUUCACUUGUGGCCCAAAGAUUUAUUUGGACAACAUACAUAAUGAGGCAGGAUUUUAUAUAAGAGCAGUGUGGCUUUAAAUAAUAAAAUUGUUAUAUGAUCAGUCUGUCUGACAGUGAAGUUCUAUACACGUUUUCUUAGAAAUAAGUCAUUCUACAUUCAAUUGGUCUUACAUAGGAGUAAAUGUAUAUAGCAGGGGUCAGCAAGGUUUAUCUUUCUUGGGCCGGAUCGGUCCUGUGGAGAUCCCUCCGUGGGCCGGAUCUCUUGCAUGUGUGAGCACGCCCGCCUGCAAUUUUUGUGUCUGUCUCUGCGCAGAUGCGAUUUCUGCUGCCGCAGAAGUGAGGCCCCUUGCUGCACUGCGCAAGAUUAGUACAGUGCGUGAGCGGGCAACUUGGUUUGGGGGCGGCUCGUGGGCCUGUCAAACGACCUCCACAGGCCGCUUCCGGCCCAUUGGCCUUAGGUUGGUGACCCUUGGUAUAUAGGAUUGUGGUCUAAAUAACACUUAGCUGCAUUGGGGCAAUCAUAUCAGCUUAAUAAAGCUAGAUAUGAACAAGCCUUGUACCCACACAUGCAGCCCCUUCCUUCUAUCCUUCUCAGUGUGUUGCAAUCGAUCCUUGGAAAUCCGUGGGAACCAUAAUUUCCAAUUAACAUCCAAACUGAUAACCUGUGGUUACCAGCUUUGGUAAGGACAUUCAGCCGACUUCAAACCCUGGUUUUAAGAUCCUGGCUUGUUCUGAACCUGGUAACCAUAUUUUCCCAGAUCAGACAUAAUGGGAAACUUUCUGAAUUACCACAACACAACACAAAAAGGAACAGGGAAGCAGCAGUGCAGGUACAGAGCAUGUGAACAAAAGACUCGUGCUUCUUAAACCAAGAUAGGAUAAUCUAAACGCAGCCAAUGGUCGAUGCCAUUCUUACACAAUUGUGUUUGGAUGUGUCUCUGAUUCUAAAUUCAUACUUUCUUUUCUUAUAGGUCAUAUUGGAAUGCUUCAAGCUACACAAAUGACCCAGGAAGUUACAAUAAGGGAUUUGGAAUCAGAAAAAUCUAGAUUAAAGGAGAAACUGUCCCAGCUAGAAGAUGAAAGAAAUCUAUUACAAAGCAAAACACAGAGCCUGGAUGAAAGACAAAGGCAACAAAUUCUUGCACUGGAGAAGGUAAAAGAAGUAAUGCUUUUUCAAAACGAACAACUUCCGAUUCAACAGUCCUAAAGUGGAGGGUGGUAGGAGGAAAUACUGUGGUGGAGGAGCCACUUCCUAAGCCCUACUUCUUUACGCUGGCCACAGAACACUGGGAAUUUGAGGGAGGGGAUAUUUUCUGUACCCUCUCCCUCUGUUUAUCCUUUUAAAAACAUUUUCUAUUAACACUAAUGGGACAGGGAAACAUAUCUGCUCCAACGCCGACUUACCUCUUUGGUCUUUAUGAGAGGGGUGUCAAGGCCUCACCCAGAAUGCUUUAUUUCUAGGCCCACUGUCCCUGAGACACUUCCAGUACUACAGCAAAGGUGGAGUUUUCAGCUGCCAAGAGAAUAUGGGUGGAGUCUUGUAUAAGACAGAGAAUGGUGGUAGAGCUGCAGAAUUGAAGGUCAUAGGCGGGGACAAAGAUUACAUUGGAAAAAAUGGAUGAUGUCAUGAGUUCAAGUUUGUUUGUUUGAAUCAACAGAAAGUGAAUGAAGCAAGGGAAACACAACGAGAAUAUUAUGAGAAGGAGCUGAUAAAACUGCAAGCUAGGCUGGAAGGGGAGGCUGCACAAUUAAAUGAGGCUCAUUCUAAGACCUUGGAGGAGUUGGCAUGGAAACAUCAUACUGCUCUUGAGGCAGCACAUAGCACUGCUAACAAGGAGAAAAAGAAACUGCAAAUGGUAAGAGAACUAUAAUGUGAGGACUGUUCUUAGUUUUGCUGUAUGAAAAAGAUUUUGAAUUAAAAAAUCAAGUAUAUAGCAUACCUUAGUUCCAGAUAUUUACCAGUCCCAGUACUUUCAUGAAAGCCCUCAGCUGACAUCUUAAAUUUUUACAUUUUUUAUCCUUGUGCUUGGGUAGUUUCACUACAGAAUAACAUCUUGAAAUUAAAUAUUUUUAUUAGACCAGAAGUUUCUAAAACUCUCAUCUAUGAAAUGGCAUAUUUGGCUCAAACCUUUGUUUGUUUAGAAUUACCCUAAUUUUGGACUUGUCCAGAUGUUGUUACAAAUUUACUAAUAUUCUGUCUCUUCUGCAUGUUGGACUCAUUAGAAUGGGGAAAAGGAGAAACAUUUCCAGCACUUUUAUUAAAUAUUAUUUGUGUCAACAGCAGGUCUCUCUGUUUGUCUUAUAAGUAAUACAUAGAACAACCAUGAGCAUUAGAAAAACAGACUAAUAUGAGUCCUGCUUCAGUAUGUAAUGAACCUAAACAGGCAUUUCUAUUGUUUUUCGUUCUCUUAAGGAGUUGGAGCAGCACUUUGAAAAAGAGAAGAUACAUUUUGAAGACGAGAAGAAUCAGCUUCGACAGCAGUUGGAAAACCUGAGGGAAGAACUGACAACCAAGCUGACUUCAUCCAAUCAGGAGGCAAGAAUCAGCUUAGUCAUAUCAGCUAACUGUCAUGUGCAUUAGACCACUUUUAACCAAUACUGAUAUUUUCUUUAGUCAGUGUUUUAGAGCUGUAUGUUUAAGAUUUGCUCUAUUCUAUUUUGCUUUUUAAAUAUAUUUUUAAAAAUAUAGUUCUUAUAUUCAUGACUUUUAUGAAUGGUGUAGAGAAAAGGAAGGUUGUUCUCUUCUCUGAUAAUGCUAGAAUUUUCUGUCAUGACUUGGUAAUGACCACUAGACUGGUUUAAUCACAUUUAUUAAGGAUAGCUAUAUUGGUGGCAACAGCCAUGGGUAGCUAAACAUGAAAUCUCCAUAUUCAAAGGCAGCAUACCUCUGAAUAUCAAAUACUAGGGACAAACAGGGAGGAGAAUGUCAUCUCCAUGCCCUACUUGUAAAAAGCCAGAGGCAUCUGGUGGCCACUGUUGAAAACAGAAUUUGCUACAUUGACCUUGCUCUAAUCCAGCAAGAAUUCUUAACUUCCCAUGUACAGUAAUUGUAUUUCCCCCAAUGUUUUUUUUUUAAAAAAUGCAAAUGCUUUGCUUAGUAGUUGCAUAUAUACUCCAACCUUCUUCUAAAGAGCUCAGGUUAAUUUACAUAGAUUCUCCUCAUUUUACAUUCAAAGUAACCCUACAAUGUAUUAUAGAUUUAGAUAGAUAGUGUCCUGAAUAUUCUAAGACCACGACUAAGUGGCUGGGGGGAUUUGAACCUGGAUUUCUUGGCCCAAGUUCAGUAUCUUACCCAUGACAGCAGCAUCCCCCAAUCUGGGACCCUCCAGUGUUGGACUCACAACUCCCACAAACCCCAACCAGCAUGCCCAGUGGUAAGGGAUGUUGGGAGUUGUAGUCAACAACUGAAGGUCAGCAGUUUGGGGAUGUCUGCAUUAUAGCUUCUUUUUUUAUACAAACAAAGGCAUUCAUACAGUAUACCAGGGCGGAGAACCUGUUUCAGUCUGAGGACCAUAUUUCUUGUGAGCAACAUUGUGCUAAGUAUUUCUUAUUUGUAAUUUCAUUUGUACAUUCAUUUUUAAUAUACUAUUUUGCAGUCCUGAAGAGGAGUGGCUUUUUAUUUUAAACAACUUGAUAGAGAUGGUAUAUUGGUUAGUAACAGGAAAAUCUAAUGUUUAUUGCAUUCUUAAGAUGCUCUUUUAAAAAUACUGUUAUUGAACUAUUGAUCCUUCUCAUAAAAAAUAAUUAUAUGCUCAGCUUCAGAGUUACAAACUAACAUUUUUAAAAUGUCAGUUUUACAGAUAAUAAUGUCGCUUAUAAGUUGUCACAGAAAUGGUUCAGUAUCCAGAAAAAGCCAAUUAAGCCAAUUUGUCAUUUUAAAACUAUUUCAUUAAAUUAUUCAUUAUUUCAUACAAACACUAAUAAAUAGCUUAUAAAUGGAUUAGGGACUGCUGAGAAUAAAAGCUGCUUACUUAUUGCUGCAAUCCUCUACACAUCUACCGUAAGUCCUAUUUUUUUAACUUGUGAGUAGACAUUUAUAAGAUUCUGCUCUUAGCGUCUAAACUGUUGCAGAACAAAGUGGCCCCACAUUUGCACUGAACAAGAAGGGAGUAAAAUAGGAUCCCAAUGGGUCACCAAAGGCAGGAUCCCCAGGAGAUUUAUUUAUUUAUUUAUUUAUUUAUAUAUAUUUAACAACAUUUACAUACAGUCAUACCUCGGGUUACAGACGUUUCAGGUUCCUUUUUUUAAGGUUACGGACUGCCAAAACCUGGAAGUACAGGAACGGGUUACUUCCAGGUUUCGGCAGUCGCCCAUGUGCAGAAGCUCUAAAUCGCACUUUGCGCAUGCGCAGAAGUGCCGAAUCGCAACCCAUACGUGCGCAGACGCUGGUUGCGAACUCUGCGGGUUGUGAAUGUGCAUCCCGCACGGAUCAUGUUCACAACCCAAGCGUCCACUGUACUGCUUUGCUGUGAAUAAAACCUCGAAGAGGUGAUGAAUGUUUGCCUAAGUAUAGUCUCUUGGGAGCAAUCUUUCAGAUGCAAACAAUGAUGCCAAGAUCAAGGUCCAAAGAGUUACUACAGGCAUGUAACAAGGACUUGUACAUGCCUAGGGAGAUUUUGUAUUCCUUUGAAUUGUAAAUAUCCAGUCUCAAAAGCAAUUUCCAAUGCUAUGUGGUGUACUGCUGUGAAAUACAAAAUCCAAAGCCAUGUCGAUCAUGUAAGACCAAGUGCUCAAUUCUUGGUCCAAAUUAUACAUUUUAUCAAAGGUUGCCAAAGAAUCAAAAGGAUGCUAUUUCCCUUUUCAACAUCUAGGCCGAGAUUCUCAGUCACAACUGCAAUUUCAGUCUUGCUGCAUACCCAGGUAAAAAGCCAGGCAAGAAGGUUUAUAUGUAGCUGACAGUAUCUGUGUAUGUCUGAGUCUGCAGACUGUCCACCUAUUCAACAACUUUUCUUAGAAAAUAGAAUCUGAAGUUGGAGUGGUGGCUGGUGGACCGCUGGUGGACCGCUGGUGGAGAAGUGAAUAUGCAAAUGUAUAUAUACAGAGCGGAAGGCAAAUAACUGUAGAUGAGUCAUCUCUUUUCAAAGGGUGGUAUUGAUUACUUGUGUAACAAACAAUAAUGCAGCUUUACCAAGCUAGUUUUCAAAAUACAAUGAGUAAAAGUUCAAGUUUAAUUAAAUUCCUCCUAUGUUCAAGAACAUUGAUGGGUAUAUGAGGCCACUGGAUGAAGGGAUAUGGGUAUAUAGAGCUUCCAAGUCAGGCAAAAUAUGAGUUCUGCUUUGGAAAGUGGCACAUUAGUUACUCAUUCUCUAGGAGGAGAUUGUGUACUAGGUUCACUAUUUGCUUUGAAGACUCUUAAGGGAGACAUGUACUUCAUGGUUUAUUGGUUUUUAAACUUGAAACGGAAGGAUAAUUUUUCCUUAUUCACACUAUUGAUUUGCAUUUUCCUCACAUUCAGCUUCAUUGAUACUGUCAGUAGUUCUGAAUCGAAAGCUUAAUUUAGGGUGAUAUUUAUGCAUAAGCAAACAAAUACAAAAAAAGAGAAUAUUAACCAAAAUAUGUAUACUAGUCUAUCUCAUGCGGAUAUAAUUGGAAGUAAUCUGUAUUGCAUGUUCUUCAUGCAUUCCCAGUUGCAGGCAGCUGUUAUAUACUGCUAGCGUAUAUAACAAAGGUCCACUAUGUAGUGUUAAAAAUGUCUGAAGUUCUAUUUGAGAUAAUCCUUGCAAAAGUAAAGUUAUAAAAGAAUUGCCUUCCACAAAAUUCUGUUACAAAAACAUUUAAUAAUAAGGUUGGCAACUCCUGACUAAUACAAUCCUUUAGGAAAUAUUUCAAAAUACAGGUAUAGUCUCGUAAACGCAAGCUUGUCUCCUUACCAGAUAUUGAUGGGGUGAAGGCCAUGAGACUUCAAACAGCAAGUUGUGUGUGCUUGGAUGCAGUGCUGUCUACAUUCUUGCAGAAUACUGGUGUGCAUAAUGAAUAAAGCUUCAGCAUAUAGGGGAUAUAUCUUUGCAAUUGCCAACCAUGUUUGAAAUUACAGUAGCUCUUGGCAGCCCUCUCUUAUCUAUAAUAUUGUAUUUUAUAACCUGUUUUUUAAAAGACUAAAUCUUAGGAAACUGUGAUACUUGUGUUUGUUUGAAAUGUUUGGUGUAUGUUUGUUUUUUAAUAGUAGUGAAUAGUAAAAUUAUGAGUGGGGUUGGUUUUGCCUGUAUGAAGAUUAUAUUUAAAUAGGGGGAAAUAUGCACAAAAGUAUGUCAUGCUCAGUUAACUAUAUACUGAGUACUAUACUAUUCAGCAUACACAAGUUCAUAAUCUGAAAUUGUUAAACUAUCAAUACUUCUUUCUCUCCUUUUUGUAGAUGGGUCGAUUACAAGAUCUAGUAAGAAAAAGUGAACAGGGCCUUGGUACUGCAGAAGGGCACAUCUCCAAUCUCCAGGAAACCCAGGAAAUACUACAAAAAGAACUGGAGUUAACCAGGGCAAGACUGAGGGAGACCACUGAUUCUCUGUAUAAUGUUCAGGUAACUGCAGGAUACCAGCUCCCUCACUCUGAUUCAUGGCAACUGCUUUACACAUCUGAAGUUCCCUCUCCUUACACACAGAGAGAAGCUUUCCUAUUUAUUCUAAUGUCUACUGUAACCCCAUAUAUUUAUAUUCACUCAGAUGUGCUACUGUCCUCUAAACUAGAUGUGUUUAAAAGGAAAUUUGACAAAUUCAUGGGGAAUGAGUCUAGUCAUUAUGGCUCUAACCUCAGAUUCAGAGCUGGCAUGUCAUUGAAUGCCGGCUGCUGGAAGCAACAAGAGAAGACUGUAUCCUUCAUUUCCUACUUGUGAGCUUCUGAGAAGCAUCCAGAGGACACCUGUGGAAAAUAGGUUGCUGAACUAAUAGACCAUUGGUCUGAUUCAGCAGGGCUCUUAUGUUCUUAUGCACAUAUCAAGCAUCCUUUGCAUGUACCUAAAAGUUAUCAUGGAUCCUUGAGUCAGGAUCUGUUUUAUCUACAUAACACUGAUGAACUUGAAAAUCCUUGUUUUUUUAAUGAAUAGUUAAUAGGAACAAGCAACUCAAUUCAUACAAUUAAAAUAUUAUCAAAAUACAAAUUUUUAAGGUGUCAUUAAAUUAAUUGCAUAAAAAUAUACAAACUAAAACAUAUUCUUGAGCAGUCAGUUUAAAAAAUCACUAGUACUGCUUGAGCAUUCAGUAAAGGCACUAACAUUGCUUCCGAGCAAAAUAUUGUCAUGAAAUCAUUUUGUUGCUGCUUAUCUAUGUUUUGAAUUUUGUGUUCCUAGGGUGAACUAGACCAGGAAAGACAGCAGCAUGAAGUAAUGAUUGUAGCUAUGAGGGAAGAGGAAAAAUUCAAGGUUGACAGAAUGGCCCGUGAUCUAGAAAUAAAAUGGACAGAAAAUCUUCGGCAAGUGCCCUUUUUAUUUUAUUUUUUUUCUUUUACAACAAAGCAUGUAUUAAAUGCAGUUAUGUGACCAAACUGUGCAUUUCAAUAAUAUUUUUAUAGUGUUAUUAAAGGCCAGAAAGUUUUAGUUCUGCUUAUUCUUCUUAGGCAGGAAUGUACCAAACUUCGAGAAGAGUUAAGGCUUCAGCAUGAGGAGGAUAAAAAGUCAGCAAUGACUCAACUUCUGCAGCUAAAAGAGAGAGAGAAAAAUGCUGCCAGAGAUAGCUGGCAGAAGAAAGUUGAAGAUCUUUUGGAUCAGGUAACUGGAAUGAUUACUAGCAUGUUUUAUUACUGUUGUGAAAUUACAUCUGAAAAGGGAUAAAUUGUUGUAGAGCUAGUUGGAUGAUUAAGGAGGGAAAUCAUAUGCUGAAGUCGGUGGCCACUGUGUCUGUUACAGAAUUAUAUGAAAUAUAUGAAUAUGCUUUGAUUAGCAGUGAAUUGGGAAAUCUGUAAGGGCUAAGCCAUGGUAUCUGCUCUCUCCAAUGUACAACUGUGGACCUGAAGGACAGACUUUAACUGUAUGAUUCACAUCUGAGAGGACUCUAGCUUAAAAUAUUGGGGGAAAUGUUAUUAUUCACCAGUUUGUUUAUAUCCCUCUCCCUCAAAAGCUCGUGCUACUCAGAGCCUGAUGCAUAACAAUAAAAUCCAAAAUGAAAAACAUAAACGUAUUAAGCAUCCAUGCCCAGUGCAGCCCAACAGCUCACAAUAUACAAAGGAGAGGAGCUAAAUCCACAACAGCCAUCUGAACUAUGCACAUUUUGCAAAAAGCAAAAAUGUAGGUACUGAAGACUAUCCAGUAAUAAGUUUCUUGUUUGUUGCUGAAAUAUCUGUUCACAUUGGAAGCCACCUGGUUUUAUGUAUGGAAAUUCUUCAUAGGACCUUCAUAUGUUCUACAAAUGUUACCUGCAGAAAUCAAAUAAUUGUGAUAGGCUGUAUACAAAGACAAAGACUUAUUUAAGGAUGGACAGUUUGAGACUUGUAAAAAUUAUGCAGCAGACAAAGCAUAGGGAUGGGUGUCACAGGAAGGAAACAAUAAUUUCAGCAUAGUUUCCACUGGAACGCAUAUGUCUUCCAUUAAUGGAUACUGGAAGAUUUUUUAUUGCAUCAUAUCUUUGAUGGGUUUCAAAUUAAUGAUGCCCCCUCCUGAAAGUAGUGAGUUAACUUUACCAAAUAUUCCUGUUCUGCAACAGAACUAAAAAGCAUCACACACACAAAUUAAAUACAAUAAGCUAUGGAUUUUGAUGUGUUCAGGAAAAAGUACAUUUAUAGGUGCAUUUUAGAAAUGUGGUAAACAGAAUAUGGUUUAAUCCUUAAAUCCUAUGAUCAGCUUGUCUGAGAGUAGGUCCCAUUGAACUUAUUGGGACUAACUUGUAAGUAGAUAGCCAUAAAAUUUCACUGUUUGUUUAUUAAAAUGUUUUUGUAUCACCGUUUGGCUAUAACAUGGGCCACUAAGCAAGUUUGCAAGAAAAGAAAAUACAGUUUAAAACAAUAAUAUAAGUAACACAUUAAAACAAAAUAUCAACUUAAAAAACACUAAAAGCCAAACAAAAAAAAUAUGUUUAAAAUUAAGCAGGGAUGAGGCCAGUCUAAUGUCUCUAGGAAGGGAGUUUCAUAAACUGAGGUGCCAGUACAGAAAAUACCCUAUCUAGCAUCCUCACCAAUUGGAUCUCUUUUGUGGGCCAUACAAAAGGGUUUCAGAAAAUGAUUUCUGCCUCUGGAUUGGUUCAUAUUGGAGGAGGCAGUCUUUCAGAUCCCCUCCCAUAAGCUGUUGGCUUUAUAGGUAACCACCAGGACCUUAAGUUGGGCCUGGAAACACCAAACAAGGUUGGUGUCAUAUGGUCUUAGAAACAUACACAAGAAAGCAAUCUGAUUGCUGCAUUGUGUACCAGCUACAGUUUCUGAACACACUUAAAAGGCAACAGCCUCAUAUAGAGUAUGUUGCAAAAAUCUAGCUUGAAGGUGAUAUAUCGGAGCUGCCUUCUCCAGAAAAGGGUUGACACACCAGCCAAAACUGGGCAAAAGCAUUCCUGGAUACAGCAGCUGCUUUGGCAUCAAGGAGCUAUGCUGGAUCCAGAAGCACUGCCAAAGAGCAAAGCCUAUCCUUCAAAUUGAGUGCAAUCCCAUCUAGAACAGGCUGUACUCACAGUCCUAAAUUAGCUUGUCUGCUGACCAACAGCACCUCUCUCUUGUCUGAAAUUAAUUUGUUAGUCCUGUUCUGUCCCUCGGGUCCAAAUACAGACCAGGGUGAUGAAUUGACUGAUGGCCCGAUGGUCCCAGUUGCAGGGAUUCCAAAGAAAGAUGCACAAAUCUUCAUAGUGAUCAUAGAAUCAUAGAAUCAUAGAAUCAUAGAGUUGGAAGAGACCACAAGGGCCAUCGAGUCCAACCCCCUGCCAAGCAGGAAACACCAUCAGAGCACUCCUGACAUAUGGUUGUCAAGCCUCUGCUUAAAGACCUCCAAAGAAGGAGACUCCACCACAUUCCUUGGCAGCAAAUUCCACUGUCGAACAGCUCUUACUGUCAGGAAGUUCUUCCUAAUGUUUAGGUGGAAUCUUCUUUCUUGUAGUUUGGAUCCAUUGUUCCGUGUCCGCUUCUCUGGAGCAGCAGAAAACAAUCUUUCUCCCUCCUCUAUGUGACAUCCUUUUAUAUAUUUGAACAUGGCUAUCAUAUCACCCCUUAACCUCCUCUUCUCCAGGCUAAACAUGCCCAGCUCCCUUAGCCGUUCCUCAUAAGGCAUCAGUUUCCAGGCCUUUGACCAUUUUGGUUGCCCUCCUCUGGACACGUUCCAGUUUGUCAGUGUCCUUCUUGAACUGUGGUGCCCAGAACUGGACACAGUACUCCAGGUGAGGUCUGACCAGAGCAGAAUACAGUGGCACUAUUACUUCCCUUGAUCUAGAUGCUAUACUCCUAUUGAUGCAGCCCAGAAUUGCAUUGGCUUUUUAGCUGCCGCGUCACACUGUUGGCUCAUGUCAAGUUUGUGGUCAACCAAGACUCCUAGAUCCUUUUCACAUGUACUGCUCUCAAGCCAGGUGUCCCCCAUCUUGUAUUUGUGCCUCUCAUUUUUUUGCCCAAGUGCAAUACUUUACAUUUCUCCCUGUUCAAAUUCAUCUUGUUUGUUUUGGCCCAGUUCUCUAAUCUGUCAAGGUCGUUUUGAAGUGUGAUCCUGUCCUCAGGGGUGUUAGCCACCCCUCCCAGUUUGGUGUUGUCAGGGGUUCAGGAGCAGAGGCAAGGGCAAGGGAGGAAACAGAGAGUGAGGGGGAGGAGGCAGAAGAAAAGAUGAGUGAUGACGACGACCCGAGAUCUCCGAGUCUUUCCAGUGAAUCAGAAGAUUCACAGAAAGGAGCACCAGUGGCCAGGGCAAGGGGGGAGCCUAGGGGACGCCCCAGGAAGAUAGAGCCAGAGGGGACUCAGAGGGGAGCAGUUGGAAAUCGGGACCAGCGUCACCGCCAGAGAGCAGGGAAGAGGAAGGGAGCCAGGGAUCUAGCGCUGGCAGCUCACAACAGGGGGGAGGGCACGAGUCAGGAGUGGCCACACCUCCAUCGGGGAGCGAAGAAACGGUCAGACGGAAGGUGGAAGGUUGGGCGCGCGCGCCAAGUUCAAAUGCACAGGAAGGUGGCACAGUAGGCAGCCCGGAAAGGGAGCCAGGUCCUAAAGCCCGCCGAAAGGAGGGAGAAGAGUCAGGGGGGUCAGCGCCAGCGCCAGAGGAAUCCCGGAAAGAAGAGACCCCAGGGGCAGAGGGACCCAGAGAAGAACAGUCAGGCGGAAAAGGUGGAGCAGGGCUAGGAUAUUAAGUUGGUGUACAAGGGGCGGAGACUCAGACGGAGCUUCGCCGGUCUAACCAUGAGACGUAGAGUUGCACGCAGCAGUUUGAGAAUGGAAACUGUAACUCAAUAAAGACUUUUGUUUAAUGAUCGCUGGCUAGCGUGAUCCUCUGUGAGCUAGGAUCUGGAAGCAGCUCUGACAGUAAGCUCCGUCUCUUUAAAUUGUGGGCAUCUACAACCUCGCGGAGAGGAGAGAAAGCGGGUGCCUACUAGCGAGCUCACGAAAGGCAGACAAUAUGACGGCCGAACAGCAGAUAGCGGAACUCAGAGAAGCAGUGUCACGACUGAAUGCCGAGGCUCUUGCAUCCAGGAAGAGAGAGGAGGACGCAGCUGCCGCCUACAGGGAUCUCCAGGUCAGGUUGGAAGUGCUUACGAAGCAAGGGCAACUGACACCCAAACCGGAGGGGAUUGGGUUGGGGAGACGAACAGGCGGUCUGGUCUCUCACUUCGAUGGGAAUUUGCAACAGUACCCCAACUUUAGAGCAGAUGUAAUGUGUGCACUGCAACUGCUGGACAAAGACUUUAGAGAUGAGCAAGAGAAGGUGGAUUCAUCAUGUCCCAUUUGCAUGGAGAUGCUAAAGCAUGGCUGCGCAAUUUGUGGAGAGAUAAGGAUCCGGCGCUCCAAAAUGCGGAUGCCUUUAUUAAAGCGAUGGAUGGGUGCUUUUAUUCAAGCAUUGACGUGGAUCUUGCUCGGCAGCAGAUACAUGGACUGAAGCAAGGGAGGGCCAGCGUAAGGCAGUACCAUGCCCGCUUCGCUUUGGUCAGUGCUCUGGAAUGGGACAGAGAUUCGGCUCCUGUAAGAGACCUGUUUUGGGAGGGAUUGCACGGCUCGGUUAAAGAUGAAAUUGCGAGGGGGGAGAGACCCCGGACCACGCAGGAGAUCGUUCAGAGGGCGCUGGCGGUGGGGUGCGGCUGGAAGAACGUCCGUGGAGCAGGGACGAAGGGCGUGGAGGGCGCGAACCAGCCAGGGGCUCCUCCUUCCUUCCCAGAGAAGCAGCGCGUGCGCAAUCCACGCCUCCGCCAGGAGGAGGAGCGGAACCUAUGGAGGUUGGAGGUGCAAGGGCUCAGUCAGCAGCCAGAGCCCUAGCACCGGCAGCAGUGAAAGCGAAGCCUCCUAGAGGGAACAGGAAGUGUUACAUCUGCGAUGCUCCACAGCAUAUGGCGAAAGAGUGUCCCCAGAGGCUCCACAAGCACACUGCAGCUUCAGCAAUGGUAACUGCAGCAACGCAGCAAGGAGAACCACAGCAGGGAAACGACGGAGUCUGGUUGGAGGAAGAGGCACUGGGGCCCAGCCAGACGUGUCAGUGAAGCAGUCCCCAGAGAUUUUACAGCCCAUGGACCCCCAACCCCCCAAAACCGUAGUGAGGCUCACCGCGUCGCUCCAGCUGCCCAAUGGGAUCACCAUGGACGUGCCAAUCACCAUUGACUCCGGAAGCACUGCGGACUUUAUAGGGCAGGACGGGGUCGACCGGCACGCUAUACAGUUGCUGCCUGCCACGCUGCCCCUGCAGGUUGUCACGGUGGAUGGCAGGGAGCUGCUAGGGGGGCAAGUGGUGAAGCAGACGCCACCAAUGGUGAUGCGGCUUGGGAAUCACAGGGAAAUCAUCAGCUUCAAUGUCACUCAACUAUCGGACACGCCCAUUGUAUUGGGCAUGAGUUGGCUGGACAAGCACAGCCCGACGCUGGCUUGGUACCAGAGGCAGCUGACCUUCGGCUCUUCCUUUUGCGCUGAACACUGCAUCGUGCCCCGGCAGGAAGGAGAGGAAGAGGAGUCACAGCUGCAGCUAGGCACGCUGCAAGCGGUUCCCCACAAGUACGCAGAAUUUUUGGAGGUUUUCUGCGAGAAGGAGGCAGACAGGCUACCCCCACAGACCAUAUGACUGCAAAAUUGACCUGCUGCCGGGGGCGGCGCUGCCCAAAGGGAAGCUGUAUUCCAUGUCUGAGGACGAACUGCAGGAACUCAAAGAGUUCAUAGAUCAUAAUUUGGAGCGCGGUUUCAUCCGAGAGUCCAAGGCAGCGGGGGGGCAGUCCGGUAUUCUUUGUUAAGAAGAGGGACACGCCCCAGAAAAGACUUGUAGUGGACUAUCGCAUUUUGAACAGCGUGACCAAGCCAUCGGACUUCCCCAUGCCCCGAAUCGACGACCUCCUCGCAAAGGUACGGAAGGGCAGCGUGUUCACUAAGUUGGACCUGCGAGGGGCGUACAACCUCAUUCGCAUGCGGGAAGGAGAUGAGUGGAAGACAGCCAUGUUCACGCCCCUGGGCACCUACGAAUAUAGAGUUAUGCCUUUGGAUUGCAAAAUGGUUCCCACGCUUUUCAAGCUGCUCAUGCAUCACGUGUUGGCGGGGCUCCUCUACAAGACGUGCGUCUGUUUCUUGGAUGACAUCCUGAUCUUUUCGGAAUCGCAGCAGGAGCAUGACAGACACGUCAAGGAAGUGCUGAGCAGGCUACAGCAACAUAGGCUUUACGCCAAGCUGGAGAAGUGCCAACUCGACGUGACGGAGGUGGAUUUCCUGGGCUACAAGUUGUCUGAUAAAGGGCUCGCCAUGGACAGCGCCAAGGUCCGAGCAGUGUUGGAUUGGAAAAGCCCACGCAACCGGAAGGAGGUCCAACGGUUUGUCGGCUUUGCGAACUUCUAUCGCAAGUUUAUCAAAGGCUUUGCCAUGCAGACAGCGGCCAUCACGGACACGCUCAGCUCCAAGAAAAAGAAGUUCAUCUGGACAGAGCAGGCGGAGCAGUCCUUUCAGGCACUCUAGCCGCCUCUUCGCGUCGGAAGGGCAACUGCUUCAUGUCAACCCCAGCAAGCCGAUGAGGGUGGAGACAGACGCUCGGACAGAGCCGUGGGAGCAGUCCUGCUGCAGAAGGACCCGCAGGGGGUUUGGAGGCCGGGAGCGUUUUACUCAAGGAAGCUCAGCAAGUCCGAACAGAACUACACCAUCUGGGACAGGGAGUUGCUGGCCAUUCAUGCAGCGCUCAAAGCGUGGAGGCACUUCCUGAUCGGCGCCAAGCACACGGUGCAGGUCUGCACGGACCACAAGAAUCUAGAGCACUGGCGCACGGCACAGUUCCUGAACCAGAGGCAGAUACGUUGGGCUGAGUUCUUUGCGAAUUUCGACUUCCGAAUAGAGUAUGUCCCGGGGAACACCAACAUCAUGGCGGAUGCUCUCUCCCGUAAGCCGCAGUAUCUGGAGGAGGCAACGCCAGCGGCCGCCAUGCACAUCUUCGCACCGACAGUGUGGGCGUGCACGGCGGCAACAGUUGACCUGGAGGCGGUGCGACGAGCGUUGCAGGAUGACUCCUUCGCGCAAGCAAAGAUGGCAGAGGCGCACAGGGGCACGGCAGCGACCGACGAGUUCCAGCUGCGAGAUGGUUUGCUCAUCCGUAAAGGGGCCAUCUACGUGCCGGGAGACGAACUUCGCGCCAAGGUACUGCAGCAGCUGCACGACGCGCCCACUGCCGGGCACUUUGGCAAGGAGAAGACGGUGGAAUUAGUAGCCAGAGACUUCUGGUGGCCAGGAAUGAGAGGGGAAGUCGCGGACUACGUGGCGAGGUGUGACACCUGCCAGAGGGCCAAACCAGUGCACAGACCGCCGGCCGGAUUGCUGGAACCGCUGCAAACUCCGCUCGCACCAUGGGAGAGAGUGGCCCUGGACUUUGUCACGGAUCUGCCCAGCUCGAGGGGCAAGACGGCUGUGCUGGUGGUGGUGGACUUGUUCUCCAAGAUGGCACAUUUCAUUCCGUGUGCGAAGGUGGCCACGGCGGAACAAACCGCCAAACUGUUCAUAGACCACGUGUUCAAGGUUCACGGUCUGCCGCGGUCUAUUCUGUCCGACCGAGGGCGACAGUUCAUCUCGAACUUCUGGCAGAGGCUGAUGGGCUUCCUGAACGUCAAGAUCAACCUGGCGUCGGCUAGACACCCGCAGACCAAUGGGCAAGCGGAGCGGGUCAAUGCCAUCAUGCAGCAGUACCUGAGAUGUUAUGCGAAUCAACAGCCUGCGACGUGGGUGGAUUACCUGCCUCUCGCCGAGUUCGCCUACAACAACACGAAGCACGUGUCCACGGGGGUCACGCCGUUCUUCGCCAACAACGGGAGGCACCCCAGAACCUUCCCGGGACUGGAAAGAAUGGGGGAGGGGAGCCGCAGACAGCAGAUGCAUUCGCGCCGGAGUUGCAGGAGGUCCACGAUCAGCUGCGGCGGCACCUGGAGCUGGCUAAACACGCAUACAAGGUACAAGCGGACAAACACAGAAGGGUUGGCGAAGAGAUCCAUGUGGGAGACUGGGUCUGGUUAGCAGCCCACGCAGUGCCGGCCAGGUCGUUGGCGAAGAAGAAACUAGGGCAUAAACAACUGGGGCCCUACCAAGUCGAAGAACAGGUCAACCCGGUGGCUUUCAGGCUGGCUCUUCCGGAGGGUUCCAGGAUGCAUCCGGUGUUCCACAGAUCGGUGCUCACUCCAUACAAGGCACCUCACAGGUUUCAGGAACCAGGAACGGCACCGGGUCCGCUCCGAGAGAGAACCGGGCAGGGGGGAGUGGCACGGGAGGAGCGCAUCAACGAAGCCACGGAGAUUUUGGACUCCAGAUGGGGGAAGAGGGGUAGAAUACCUUCUCGCCAAGGAGGGCACCCCGGCCAGUGCCAACAGCUGGGUGCCGGGCUACGCUUAGACGAACCUCUGCUCAAAGAAGAGUUUCAUGCCCUCUUCCCACAUAGGCCAAUGCCAGCAGACUUUUCGACGACUGGCUUUUCACGCCCACGCUUUCAGCCAGCACGUCCGGGGUUCGACUCGGACGGGGACCCGACCCGAGACGCCCGUUCCCCGGGGGGUCACCCUCGGGAUCUGCUUCAGAACCCUCGUAUUGGUGGGAUGAUCGACCAGAGGAGCAGUUCCGCAGAAGGUGGCUGGAGGGUCCAGGACGAGCAACGUCUCCAGAAGGUAACGGGAGAGACGGACAUGGACGCUGGGACGACCCGGUUUCGAGCACGGCGGCACAGAGAUGGAAGCGGAGGUGACCGUCGUCAACGAGAGCAGGGAGGAAGAACCGGAAGACUUCAGAUGGCGGCCCGCCACGGGAAGCGAACUGUAUCCGACAUCCGUCCCCCUGACCCGGCAGCACCCCGAUCCCGCACCGGACGGUGGGGAGGGGGUAAGUGGGGGCUUCGCGGGGGGGAUGGAUGUCAGGGGUUCAGGAGCAGAGGCAAGGGCAAGGGAGGAAACAGAGAGCGAGGGGGAGGAGGCAGAAGAAAAGAUGAGUGAUGACGACGACCCGAGAUCUCCGAGUCUUUCCAGUGAAUCAGAAGAUUCACAGAAAGGAGCACCAGUGGCCAGGGCAAGGGGGAGCCUAGGUGGACGCCCCAGGAAGAUAGAGCCAGAGGGGACUCAGAGGGGAGCAGUUGGAAAUCGGGACCAGCGUCACCGCCAGAGAGCAGGGAAGAGGAAGGGAGCCAGGGAUCAAGCGCUGGCAGCUCACAACAGGGGGGAGGGCACGAGUCAGGAGUGGCCACACCUCCAUCGGGAGCCGAAGAAACGGUCAGACGGAAGGUGGAAGGCUGGGCGCGCGCGCUAAGUUCAAAUGCACAGGAAGGUGGCACAGUAGGCAGCCCGGAAAGGGAGCCAGGUCCUAAAGCCCGCCGAAAGGAGGGAGAAGAGUCAGGGGGGGUCAGCGUCAGCGUCAGCGUCAGAGGAAUCCCGGAAAGAAGAGACCCCAGGGGCAGAGGGACCCAGAGAAGAACAGUCAGGCGGAAAAGGUGGAGCAGGGCUAGGAUAUUAAGUUGGUGUACAAGGGGCGGAGACUCAGACGGAGCUUCGCCGGUCUAACCAUGAGACGUAGAGUUGCACGCAGCAGUUUGAGAAUGGAAACUGUAACUCAAUAAAGACUUUUGUUUAAUGAUCGCUGGCUAGCGUGAUCCUCUGUGAGCUAGGAUCUGGAAGCAGCUCUGACAGGUGUCAUCUGCAAAUUUGAUCAGGAUGCCCUUGAGUCCAUCAUCCAAGUCGUUGAUAAAGAUGUUGAAUAAGACCGGGCCCAAGACAGAACCCUGUGGCACCCCACUAGUCACUCUUCUCCAGGAUGAAGGGGAACCAUUGAUGAGCACCCUUUGGGUUCGGUCAGUCAGCCAGUUACAAAUCCACUGAGUGGUAGCAUAGUCAAGACCGCAUUUUACCAGCUUCUUUACAAGAAUAUCAUGGGGCACCUUGUCAAAUGCCUUGCUGAAAUCAAGGUAGGCUACAUCCACUGUGUUCCCUUCAUCUACCAGGCUUGUAAUUCUGUCAAAAACGAGAUCAGGUUAGUCUGACAUGACUUAUUUUUCAGAAAUCCAUGCUGACUAUUGGUGAUCACAGCAUUCCUUUCUAGGUGCUCACAAACUGUUUGCUUAAUGAUCUGCUCCAGAAUCUUCCCUGGUAUUGAUGUCAGACUGACUGGGCGGUAAUUAUUUGGGUCCUCUCUUUUCCCCUUUUUGAAAAUAGGGACAACAUUUGCCCUCCUCCAGUCUGCUGGGACUUCGCCUGUUCUCCAGGAAUUCUCAAAGAUGACUGCUAUCAGUUGUAGUAUUUUAUAUUACAGGUAUAGCAAGAUACUCACAUACUGCAAUGUAAUGCAGGAUUCCUUGCCGCUGAAGUGGCAAGCAGCACUUUGGCUUCGUCCAUGAAGUGCUAAUCAUAUAUGGUUUACUUAUUAAGCAGGCAACAAUGGUCCAAUUAACUCACACCUUGCUUAGAGGCCCCUUCCCAGCUCUUAUCCAUCUCUCAGAUAAGCAAGCAGCUGACAAGCAAGCAGCAUGAGAAGCCUCCUCUAUCCCAAAGAAGGCUUCAAACAAGCAGAUAAACAUGUGUGAUCUCAUGUUACAGCUCACACCAAUUAGUCCUGGGGUUAUCUUGACUACCAAGAUAGCAGUUACAGGCCUUCCGGGACAUUUGCACCUUUUGGUUCUACACAGUCCCCAACCAGGCCUUCACUGUAUUGAGAUAAUGGUUCAGAAUGUGGUCUCGUAGACUUCAUUUGGAAAUUAGAGAUAGAACUAAGUAUCACGGGCUUGAGGACACAAAAUAAUAUCUUUGCUUUCCCCAUUAAGGGGAAAGAAAUAGGGCUGAAAAGUAUGUUAGACUAUGAGGUAGCUCUGAUAGAGAAUAUAGGUGAUCCUGACUGUUAGUAUAUGCACACACACACACACACACACACACACACACAGAGCAAACAACAAUUCAGGAUCACAUCCAGGACUUUCUCAACACACACAAAUAUUAGUUUGACUACAAUUAAGUCAUACUCAAAGUAGACACAUCAGUGGGCAUUGCUAACUUAAGUGCAUUAAUUUCAGUGGGUCUACUCUAUGUAGAUAACAAUUUCCUAGCAUUAAAUCAAAUAAAAUCCAAAGUAAACAAGCAUAAUGUCCCAAAUUUCAGGUUUAAAGGAUGUAUCUGACAUCCAAUCUCAGCAAGCAAAGAGUGUAGGACCCGCUUUUCAGAGGAGUAGUUCAGAGUUUGGAAUCUUAAUACAUCAAGCUGGCUUAGCCAUGAAUGUAGCUUUGCAGUUUCCUAGAUCUGGGAAUUAGUAUAGCUUAGGUUUUUUUUGUUAUUUGCUUCGCACUAAUCUGAAAUAACUGGUGCCUGAAUCAUAAAUCAUGUAUCCAGAAAUGAAAUUACCCAUCAUUCAAUUUUUAAAAUUGUAUUGAUCAUAUAUUUGUUGCAUCUGAUGUAUAUGGUGAUGUACCACUUAUACAUGCUGACAGUACAUCUUCAGCUUGUUAAUAAAUGGUAGGGGUGUGCAUCGGCUCUGUGUACCCUGAAUGUGAAACAGGGAAGGUUACAGUUUGUACUAUAAACAAGGCAUCUUGAGGUGGAUCACAGACUCCUAAGGCUUCUGUUACUCCGUGGCCUCUACUUUCCACACCCACCCUGCCCUCAAAAACCAAAACAAACUGACUGGGGAAACGCCAAGAGCUUGAGAGGGGAGUGGAUAGAGAGGUGGGGGAGAUGUUUCAUUUUGAUGGACAGGUCUUCUAUGAAUCAGUAUGAAUUAUUUUCCCAGGGUACUCCAAUCACAGUGAUGUGUGAGACAUUAAAAACUGCUUGUUUUUCACAAAACAAGUCAAUGAAGAGGUCUCUUUUGUAGCCCCAAAAAUCCAUGGGGAGAGGCAGAAGCCCACCCUAUCAAUGACCCUUGGAGUAACAAGGGUCAUUUCUUGGGAAUCUACGCUAUUUUUACAUCAUGGUUGCUGCUUUCCAAGAGUCUCAUAGUACUCACUCUGAAAUAGUAAGAUCUGCACUUGUAGGAGAACUAUUACAUGUAUCAUUCUGAAAUUUUGCAGCCUUCGUCCUCUCUGAAGGUAUGACCUAUUCUACAAACUGAAUCUAAUUAUGUCAUAACAUGAAAAAAAUACUUGUUUUUAAGAAAAUCAAUUUGUAAAGAUGCCGCACACAAAGUUCCCUAGUUGUAUCUGCUUACAAUUAGGAAGGCUUAAUCCACUAAGGAGGGAUUCUAUGCCUGCACAUUUCAUCCACUUCUGUGAAAAAAGUUAUAGCUGUUGUAGUUUCCUGAUUAUAGUGGACAGGGGAAAAGAAAACUUAAUUUUCAAUAGGUUUAAUUCGAUCUCCAAUAAUGUCAAGUUGGAAAGACACAGAAUGGUUCUGAAACAAAUUGGACUGCUUCCCAAAGACAGAUACAAAUUGACAAUUGUGACCAGUGCACACCCCUAUUAAAUGACAUUAAAGUAUUAUAUGUAGAAUGUAAUUUUGCUAUGGAUUGACAAUUUAAAAUACAUAUUUUAAGGAACAUCCAUAACUAAAUCUUUAAAAAAAAGUUUCAGUUGUGUUCCAAAUUAUUUACAGAUUGGUUUGAGUUUGGCAAUAAAAUAGAUGUCGAUGUUUAAUCAUGUUGCCACCUUGUUUAAAACGAUGGCAAAAUGUAUGUCAAAAUAUAGCUGAACAUUUGUUUAAAAUGUUUGAAGGGCUUUUGUUAACAAAAUAUUAAUAGUGAAAUGCAACAGAUACUUGGCCAUUCUUCCAGAGUAUAUUUACUGAAGUAGAUGUGUCAAUUUGGAUCAAAGGAAAAAAAUAUUUAAUACAGGAGCAUGAUAAAAUCCUUGAGCAUACACAAAUUUCCUCCCAAUAUUUAACUCUUAUAAAAAUGGGACCACAAAUUGUAUUUAUGUGAUUUUAAUAUGUUCAGUGGAUUUCCAUAACAAGCCAUAGCAAAAAUGUUCUGUGUCAAUUUCGCCCAAUUUUCAACAUAUUUUUCCUUCUUAAAUUAAUAUAAUGUUCUGUGUUUUACUGUCCCUUCUUUAUUCCAUCUUCUUAGUUAUUUCUGAAUAUUUCCCUUUAUUCCUGUGAUCUUUCCUUCAUAGCGGCACUGUCUCGGUGAAGCUUUGCAUAAAUCUAUCAGCAAUGUAAGUGAGUUGCACUUACAAUAUGUACAUGAGGGCAUGCUUGCACUUCUCAGCUUGCAUACUGGCCAGUGCUGCUUCAGAGCCUUUGAAAUCAGUAAAGAAAUGUUGUUCAAGGGAAGAGUUUACACAUUAAUUUCAUAAAAAGCUCUGCGCUGCAUUCAUUCAUUCAUUUGUAUGUGUAUGUGUUAAUAUCAUUUGACAUUAAACAUCACACAGUCAUUUUAUGUGAUGUAAAAGCAAGCUUGCAGGCAGUACAUUUGCACAUUAUAAAGCUUUUUCUAAAGCAUGGAAAUGUGUGGUACCGUGUUACAAUUUAAUAUAAAUAAUGCAACUCAGUUAUGGUUUGGCUACUAUAUUUCAUUCUGUUAUUUCUACAAAGAUUUAAAAAUCAAUGAGUGGGAUCUCAAUGGUCACCAGAAGGUCAUACGCUAUUAAGUUUAUGCAAUACAUACACACAUGAUGUAGCUUCUCUAUCUUUCACUUACUUUGUCACACACAUACAUGGCUGAAAAGCCACUUGUGAUGGUCAGGAGACCUUUCAGAGAGGUGUGUAAUGCAAUGGGCUGUGAUGCAGCGAGGAAUAAAUCACUUGUUCCCCUUUUUGCAUAAGGAAGUGCCUUUCACUUCAUUUAAGGCUGUUUGGAUCCUUGCUAACAUUUAAACAUAAUGUUUAGGAAAACUCCCUGGAAUAUUGACUUUGGUCUUUAGGAUAAUCAAAACAGUUGAAGAUCCCCUGCGGCAGGGAUGAGAAAUGUACAGCUCUUCAGUUACUGAUGGACUCUUAUCUCCCUUUAGCCCAACAAGGCAGUGUGGCUAAUUGUUAGGGUGGGUCGCAGCACGUUCACCAUCCCUGCCCUGUGGCAAUUAAUUUAUGAUUUUUUAAAAAAAGUUUGUAGGUAGAGCUUUUCCUAGAAUGACUAACAAUAGUUUGCAGGUACAGGGUGUCAUUUUAGUUGCAGGCUUCAUAGAGUUGCAUAGUAUUUUACAGCACAGAUAUCUGCUCAGAAAUAAAUCUCAUUGAGUUCACUGGUGUUUGCUUUCACUGAUUGGCUCUGCUGCUAGUGCCACUGCCUGCUAGGCAAGGCUUUCUAUUUCUUCCUGUCUCACCCUUCCUGCCUCUCUUAUGGAAAGGGUUAGGUUAAACUUAGGGGGGGAAAGUUACAGUAAUGACAGUUACUCCACACAGUUGGAGAAUCAGCUGCAGUAGAAACUAUAAGAAAACAGGCUGUAUGCAUGUUUCUCCACUGCCUACUCUUGGCACAGUUUGGAUUGCAGCGGUGGUUAAUAAUAAAAAUAAUAUUUAUUUAACAUUAUUUCUUAAGAAAUAAACUGUUUAACUCAAAUACAUUUUGACAAAAACUUAAAAUUUGUUCUUGUCCAAAUGGAAAGAUAAAAGAAGAGCAAAAAGGAUAUUUAUACUGAUUAACAUAAUUGGAUUAUUUCUAUUACUGCAUGUUAACUUGGAAAUCUACCUCAUCACUGAAUGGUUAUAUGAAUGUAAAAGAUCAAUGCUGGGGAAACAUUAACAUUCUGUGCAAUUUUAAUAGGGCUCUUUAUAUGAUGAGAUAUAUUAUGGAUCAUUAAAACUCUGCACAGUUACGGAACUUUUUUCAUAAUUUAUUAUCAGAUUCUAGUAGGUUGGUUGCCAUUGUGUCAACAAUAUAAUGCAAGGAUAGGAAAUGAGACAUUACAAUAGAUAACUAACAGAAGCAAAAGAAAAAGAUUUAAAAAUGUGGAAGCUUAAAAUAGAAUCUUUAUAUACAAUUUGUUCAUAUUAAGUGCUAGGCAGCUAGUAAUCCAGUCCACUUAUUUAAGGUGACCAAACUGAUUUUUAUCAUCCUUUUCUUCUACUUCAAAAUGGGAUAGCAAGUUUUAAAAAUUGAUUUAUAUGCAUAAAAUAAUAUAUUCCACGCAUGCAUGUAUUACACGUAAAAGUUUGUCCUUAAUUUUGCCACUUUUAAUGGAACUUCCAAUAGCAUAUAUUCUUUACAUAGUAUCUGCCUUGAUACGUUAAAAUUGGUAAUGAUUAAUUUAAUUCAUAUAAGAAAUAUGUUGCUUCCAGGUUUUAUUUAGAGAAUUGGACUAAUGUUCAAGUCUGUUCGGUGAUGUGUGAGCAGAAGCUGAAUAUACUAGGUAUCACAACCAAGAUAAAUGAUUUAGGAGGAACUUUAAUUGUAGACCUUGCACUGCAGGAACAUAUAAGUCAAGAGUAGAACUCUUGCUUUGGCCCUGUAUAAUGUGUAGCAAGUAGAGUGGAACACAGCAACAGGAAGGGGUAGGACUACUGUAGAUAGAAGUACUGUUUAAGGGUGGACAAGAAUUUUGGAAGGUUGGGGAGUGUUUGAACCUCUCUCAGUUCAGAAAACAUUAAGCCUAUUCCCUUUCAAAUUUUGCCUUGGCAGCUUGUAAUGGCUCCUCACCAGUUCUCUGAUCUGCCAGUUUCCAUCUUCCCCACUUAGCAGGUGUCCGAAGAGGGAUGUGAUACAUCAGCUAAUGCUGCUUCUAAGCUUUAUUUGCCAAUGUGUAAUCUGGGAAAUGCAGACUUUUCUCCCUCUUGACUCACUCAUUAAUCAGGAAGGAAAACUGCAGUUUAUAGAAUUAAACAUUAUUCUGAAAUGAAUAUAUCUGAGCAUGCUCAUAGUCUGCAUUGCUGACACUGGCAAGUGUAGGGUUGUUGUUGCUUUUCACUCCUGAGUCCUGUUCCCACUGAUAAUGGAGGGUUUGUGUAACCUCUGGCCCAUAGGCGCUAAGCCUAUUAGCCGCUAAGCCUUUAAUAGCCGCUAAACCGCUAAUAGCGCUAAUCUGCUAAGCCGUUAAUAGGGUUGCUUUGCAAGACGAAAAACCGCUAGACGAAGAUACUCGUGGAACGUAUUAAUUUCGUCUUGCGAGGCACCACUGUAGUACCUCAAGUUAAGAACUUUGCCCCAGGAUGAGAACAGAAAUUGCAUGGCGGUGGCAGCGGGAGGCCCCAUUAGCUAAAGUGGUACCUCAGGUUAAGAAUGGUUUCAGGUUAAGAACGGACCUCUGAAACGAAUUAAGUUCAUAACCAGAAGUACCACUGUACUUAAAUAAUUUGUAGUAGCAAAGUUAAGAGGCUACUCAAGUCCCUUUUGUUGUCAGGGCUCCUGCCCUAAAUCUUUUGUUCAAGGUUGCUAGUUCCCACAGAUACAUAAAGAAAACCAAGAAUGGGGGAAGGGAAAUUCUGAAUUAAAAAUUUAUCAUGACUGCAAGUUAAUUUUAGUGCAGGCACUAGAAUUUGUCGCAGCGGUCUUUCAGCUUGCUCGUUUAUAUAUGUAGUGUUUAUAUUAGCUUUUACAAAAUCUGAUCAGUAAUUAGAAUAAUUGCUUUAUUGUUUUACCUGUAUCACACUGUAAAUGUGUCUUCAUUUAAAAUCCUGCUAUAAUUUGCGAGUUCAAUCUUUAUAUUAAAUAUUACCACUAAUACAUACCACUAUCCUUACUAUACUGACUUUUUUUGUACUGUUUUUGCGGGACAGGGGGUGGGUGGGUGUGGAGGACUCCCUGGUCCUGAAUGGGGUAGCUGUGCCCCUGAAGGGCCAGGUGCGCAGUCUGGGAGUCAUUUUGGACUCACAGCUAUCCAUGGAGGCGCAGGUCGGUUCUGUGUCCAGGACAGCUGUCUACCAGCUCCAUCUGGUACGCAGGCUGUGACCCUACCUGCCCACGGACAGUCUCACCAGAGUGGUGCAUGCUCUAGUUAGCUCCCGCUUGGACUACUGCAACACACUCUACGUGGGGCUACCUUUGAAGGUGACCAGGAAACUACAACUAAUCCAGAAUGCAGCAGCUAGACUGGUGACUAGGAGCGGCCACUGAGACCACAUAACACUGGUCUUGAAAGACCUGCAUUGGCUCCCAGUACGUUUCUGGGCACAAUUCAAAGUGUUGGUGCUGACCUUUAAAGCCCUAAAUGGCCUCUGCCCAGUAUACCUGAAGGAGCGUCUCCACCCCCAUCGUUCAGCCUGGACACUGAGGUCCAGCGCCGAGGGCCUUGUGGCGGUUCCCUCACUGCAAGAAGCAAAGUUACAGGGAACCAGGCAGAGGGCCUUCUCGGUAGUGGCACCUGCCCUGUGGAAAGCCUUCCCAUCAGAUGUCAAAGAAAUAAACAACUAUCUGACGUUUAGAAGACAUCUGAAGGCAGCCCUGUUUAGGGGAGUUUUUAAUGACUGAUGUUUUAAUGUAUUUUUAGUCUCUUGUUGAAAGCCGCCCAGAGUGGCUGGGGAAACCCAGCCAGAUGGGUGGGGUAUAAGUAAUAAAUUUGUUUUGUUUUGUUUUGUUUUGUUUUGUUUUGUUUUGUUUUGUUUUGUUUUGUACUAUGAACCACUGCAGACUAAUGCAGAGCAUACUAAUGACUGCAAUGAUUUUAUCAGUUAACUUUAUCAAUCUGGAAAACCAUAUGCCCCACUACAAAUCUUAAAGGGGCUUCAGUCCACGCUGUUGUUUCAUGUGAGUUCAGUCUUGGAAUGGUGUUUCUCAAAUCAAAAUGACUUGGUAGCACCGUUGCAGAGUGAUGUCAUACCUCAGAAGCCUCUGCAGUGGAGCUUCAUUUUUUGCUAGUAAGAGUGCGUGCUGGAUUUAAAGUUGCACUCUCUUUUAUUGCCUGAUGAACGUGUCCUGGGUGGUGCUACAUAACUCACUCUGUGAGAAUCAUUGCCCAGAGCAGGAGUAGCCUGUGUGGUUUGUACAUUGCUCUCUACCCUGCUAGUACCCAUGUUGCCUAUUACUGGGCGUGUAGAAAAUAAUCUACUGAAUUGAAGGCUGCCAGUGGGCCUUUAGAUUGAUUUCUGAAGGCAUGAGCUAUGCCACAAAUUCAUAAUAAUGGCAUGUAUUACAGCUGGGUUAAAGGAUAUGAAUUUUCUUUAGAAGGUGCUGUAGAAUUAUUAGCAUUGAUUUUGGUAGUACAUAUUAGGCAAAAAAAAUUACAGAUAUUUAGUCUCUUGACUGCGGUGAUGGAACAGAAUCUUUUUUAAUUGAUAAGUAAUUUCUCAACACAAUGCUAUGCAUGUCUACAUGCAAGUAAGUUCAAUUGGGAUGAAUGGGGCUUACUCCCAGGUGUGUGUAGGAUUGCAGUUACAUAUCUAUACCCAUUUUGGCUCACUUCAACCAGGCCAGGAAAUGGGAUGGUGACAGAUUUUUCAUUCCUCACCUCUGCUGUUUAUUCCAAUGGAAGGGACAUUACUCCACCAUAUCCCCCCAGGGCUGAUGAAGUUUCAUGCCAUUUUUGAAGGUGUGUUGGAGAAACAAGGGGGCUUAAAAUCCUAUGGAUCUUUGACUGCUCCUGAUACGCACACCAAAAUGCCUCACUUUGGCCCCUACUACCAGUGGGACACCUAUAUCCUUGAACUUUUCAGUGGGUGUAUUGAGGUCCUCCAGCGGCUUAAGCGCCAUCCCACCAUUAGGACACUCUCUCUGCCAGUGGUGCAGCACUUGAAUUAACUUUCUGUGGCCACUGAACUGGCUUUCAGCUGGCUGUAGGAUUGCAAUCCACUAAACGUGUAUUGCACUUGACAUUCAAACAGCUGGUGAUGACACAUUGCUAAUCUGCAUUCCAUAAACUAUGUGGUAUUUCUUUGCUCAUUAGUUAUAGUUCAUAGUAAUACUUGAUUAGGCAUAUACUGUAGGUGACAUCCAGUGAUGUCUGGCCAACUUCCCAACAAAAUUGCUCACACAAUGGGACUUUCCCUUCCUUUCCUCCCCCCUGUAGUCCAUUGUGCAUGCACCCAGGUUCUGCUCUAUAGCGUCCCCCAUCUUUCUAGAGCAGAUUUUGAGGACACUAGAAGCUGGAUGGGAAAGGAAGAGAAAGUCCUGUUGUGCAAACAGAAGUUGACUUGCAUGCAGUUGGGUAUUCAAAUUUCUAUUAACCAGAAUGUAUUACUAAGCAAAAUAGGCCCCAAUACAGAGAGGAAAUGUUGAAAAAUGCAAGAACAUUUGUGAACACAGUACACCUGUAGUCUCUCCGCUGCCCACCAGCUUUCAUCUACCAUAUAAGAAACUGCUUGAUGCAGUGUGGGAGGGCUCCUAUUUGGCAAGGCAGGACACCACACUUGUGGAUCUCUGUACUUCUCUGUAUUGUGACCACAAUAAAAAAUCUCAAAUAUCUAUCAGUAAAUAUAAACACAGUGUUUAUAGUUUGAAUUUCUAGUUACCUUUGCUUUUCUGUGAAUUAGAUCUCCCUGUUGAAGCAGAAUCUAGAAAUGCAGCUUUCCCAGUCUCAGACUUCAAUGCAGCAACUUCAGGCACAAUUUAGCCAGGAGCGACAGAGGCUGGCCCAAGAGAUUGAAGAGCUAGAAGAAGAGCAUCAACAAAGACACAAGUCCUUGAAAGAAGCACAUAUCCUUGCAUUUCAGAACAUGGAGGAAACAAAAGAAGAAGAGCAAAAGGCAUGUUCAUUCAGUAUUUUGUAGCAUGUUAACAUUUUCAGAUUUCAGUAUGUUAACAUGAACUAUGAGAUAUUACUCCAGAGAACUUUUUUAUCUUCAUUUGAGAACUCAGAAGGCACCCAAAGAAACAUUGUACUGGGAGAAAGGCAGGGGUGGAGAGGCAUAGAGGAAACUACACAUGUGUGUUCUAACUUCUCUUGAACUGUAGGAGGGAUGUGUAGAGGUAUGAGUUACUCUUGAGGCCUUACCUCUAGGCCCAACCAAAGCCCUAACAACCCACAUUUUGUCCAGAAAGUGGGAAAAUGGAAAAGUGAGGGGGUUACACUCUAGGUUGUGGGAUUGGAGUUACAAAAAAAGAAAGGUUAAUAACAGCGGGUUGUUUUAUUAUUAUUAAUUAGCAAUCAUUUUGCCUCAUUGAUAAGAAUAUUUUUCUAUACACAUAGAGCAAUUCUCCUUUAAAUUUGCUAGGAACUUGAGGAACGUUUAAAACAGAAGCACUUAGAAGAACUUCAUGCGCUGAAAGAAGCACACAGGCAAGCUAUGGAUGCUUUCAAACUAGAAAUGGAACAGGAACUGCAGACUCUUCGCUUUGAACUAGAAGAUGAAGGGAAAGCUAUGCUUGGUACAGUAUUUUCAUGUGACUAUUUAAAACAUAAGCUAUUACUUCUGGUGCAGAAGGCAGAUAGCAUGUGCUGCCCAAUAUACAGAAAAAUGAAAAUGGGUGGUUUCCCGUGUGUUGGGCUACAUUUAGACUUUUUCUGAAGAAAAGCUGACUAUUCUCUAAGUAGUUGAUACCCACAGUUUUAUAGCACAAUUUACCCAUUUUAUUGGUGCAGUAUUGUUAUUUAUCACCUCCUGUUCAGGAUAAUGCUCCUGUUGUUGGUUUUUUUUUAAUGGAAACUUGUGCCAAAUUUGAGAAAUACACAUCUUCCUAUGAUAGUUUCAGACAGAUGUCUUGUGCUAUCCCUCAUCUUGCCUGUUUUGUCCCAGUCUUUCAUUACUAGGCCCUUUUCUUCAGUGUUAAAUUUGUGCAUAUCACCUAUUCAUAUCACUAUCAUUCAUUAAUAAUUCCUUUUAAAGAGCAAACUCUUUGUCCCCGUGCUCACAAAAAUAGAGCCAAAAGUGGGUCACUGAGAAACAACAGGAAAGUAGCAGCGUGCAUGUGGGAAUCCUGAGAUUUGCAGAAGUACAGAAAAUAUGGGAGGGGGGGCAAAAAGAGAGCAACCUGUAAACGCAAAAAAAUCCACUGAGCAUGCUUAGUGGACACAUGGAGUCACAAAAUGGUGUGUAUCUGUGAAAAGAAGAAAAACAGCCUUUAAAAAAGUACAUAAAUUAUUGAAAACUGAAAUAAAACUUUAAAGGGUCACAAAAUGAGGCAGAAACUGAGUUGCUCUCACUGAAUGUUAUAGGCAACACUUAUGUAACCACAUUCCAUGCAACUCACAAUGGCUAACUUUUUCAAGCAUCAAAAUACUGCAGUUUGAGUGCCAGGAAUGUAAUAAGUAUUUAAAUUACCUUUGGCAAGAGUAGCCACAUGGUGCCCUACAGAUGAAGUGGACUGCAGCUCUCAUCAUCCCUGAUCAUUGGCAAUGCUGGCUGAGGCUGAUGGGAGUUGUAAUAUAAAGUAUCUGGAGUAGUAAUAUGAAAUAUCAUAUUGCUUACCCUAGGUCCACCGCAGAGUAAUAAAAUUCUGCAAGGUUUUUAAUGCUUAAUUUGGCAUUCAGCACAAUUUUAAUAUAUAAUAAUAAUUACUGUUACAUUGAUAAACAUUUCCAUUUAUUCACUCAUUUAUUUAUUGAUUGUAUGACAAAAUUUAACAUUUUUCAGCUAAAGGAGGCAACAUAGCUGGAAAACAAAUUUGUUAAAAACUACGUGUCUAGUCAUUCCCCUAAAGCAAUAAAUGCAUGGUUAUACAUAUGUGUGGUUUGGGUUACUACUUGUAGAACUAUACAAAAAAAUCUGUUUAUUAUGUUCCAGCAUCUUUGCGCUCAGAACUAAACCAUCAGCAUGCUGCAGCAAUUGAUCAACUAAGACAUAAUCAUCAACAAGAACUAGCAGCUGCUAAAAUGGAACUUGAAAGAAGCAUAGAGCUUAGCAGGCACCAGGUAUAUAUCUUCCACAUAGCCAAAAGAGAGUAAAUAUCUUUUAAUUAUGGGCACAGAGCAUAUGUUCGCCGUUAAGAAAAAUUGCAACUCCUUUAGUACCUGUUUAGUAUACUGGCUCCUUUCAGUCAAUAUCAUUUCUUCUAUUCCAACUUCAUAGACUAAGUGCUGAUGCUUAUGUAGGCAAAUGGCACCAACUAUGGACAAGACAGAGGUAUCAGCUUGCCCAAGUGAACCUAGAGGUCUGCAGAAAUACAAAAAUGGGGAGAGAGAAACCAAAGGAGGUCGUUUCCCUCCAAAACAGCUAAAACAGAAUUGUGCAUGUAUGAAAAACUGAUCCAUGGCAAUUUCCAUGCAUUGCAAACAAGGUUUGAUCUAGAAAAUCCACCCCUGGUUUUCAGUUAAUAAUGCUCAAGGGAACCAGUGGGCAGAGACCACCUAAUCUUGCAGAAAAAUAGCAGGAAGGUCAGCAUGAACCUCAGUACCUCACCCAAACCCUUCCUGGGAAGAUUGCACAUGUGCACUUCACUUGUGCUGCUGGAGAGUAUUUCUGGCAGCAGAGGGUAGCAUGAAGGUGCUAGUCUUGAGCCUACAGGAAAUUUGUGUGUGUGUAGAAAAGCACAGCUCUGUCUCUAAGUCCAUAAGUACUUUUUAUAAUGAUGGUUCAGCCCUCCCUUCAGCUCUAACAUGAUCACCAUAUUUUGCAGAGGAGAGGAAAUGGGGCAAAGUAGGGGCGGGAGGUACAAAUGCCUAUCUAUAGUUCUUUAUAUGUUGCCAUUUGUAGCCUUUCUAAAUGUAAUCUGAUUCUUUACUCUUAUCUAGUAACUAGAAAUAUAAAAGUGGGAAAGUAAGUUAUGUUUAUUCAACCAGAAGCAAGUGUGUCAUACAAAGAAUAUGUUAUAUAAAGUAUUCUUAUUGAUAUUUGCUUGAUAGGAAAAAGAGUUUGUUUGCCGGAUAUCAGAUCUACAGGAUGAAUUGAGGCAUCGAGACCACCAUAUAUCUGAACUGGAUAAGGAGAUUCUUGCUCUGCAUGAGAACAUAAGUGCACUAACCAAGGAACUGGAAUUUAAAGGGAAGGAGGUUCUCAGAAUACGUAGUGAAUCCAACCAACAAAUUAGGUAUGGAUAUUUGCAAUAUCAGGUAAUAUGUUCUGAUUGAUUUGGCAACCUAAAAUUAAUGAAGGGCUGUACUUGAUUUUUUGAAACUUACCUAGAAUAUUUUAGGCAGUCAGAUUCAAAUUGCUAGACUCAUAUGCCCAUUUGAUGUCAGAUGAAGUAAUAGUGAAAUUUAAGUUUUGGACUGCCCACAAUAGUUGCAAGUUGCAGAGUUUAGAGGACAUUAGCUAUUGGUAAGGUACAAUCAUAAGCUACUAUUUAAUAUUUAUUAAAGUGCCCUUAAGUAUAUUUUUGUUUACAUUUCACCAUGCUUAUUUGCAAAGCAUUAAAGGAGAUGACUUUUUAGUGAAAUAAGCUAGACGAUUAGAGAAACAAAAAUAGCAGAAUUAGAUUUUGUAGCUCUUUUCAGUGAUGCUAUGCACAAAUCCUUUUCAAAGAUGGCAGGAAGUCAAGAUGAACAAAGCUGGUGUAAGAAUAACCUUUUUUAACAUAAAAUAAAUUAAACAGGCUGCAUGAACAAGAUUUAAACAAGAAACAUGAGAAAGAGCUGGAUGUCAUGACAGCAGACCACAUCAGAGAAAGACAAAGCAUGCUGGCAGAUUUUAAUAAGACCCAAGAGCUGCUCAAGGAAAUUAAUUCAGCUUUACAAAUUUCGUAAGUUUUAUUACAUUAAACCAUUUCGUAUGUGGGCAGAGUUUGAAUGGAAUGAUCUACAGUAUUACUCAGUAAAUUAUGAUGGACAUUGGAGAGACAUGCACAAGUGGAGGAACUUCUCAAAAAGAAGCCCAAACUUGUCUUUUUUGGGUGUACCCACUAACUUUGAUGGAAUAAUUUAGACACACCCACAGCCUUUCUGCAAAACAAGAUAAAAUAUAGCAUGUUAGAGAAUAGUGCAAUCCUAUGCAUAUCUACUUAGAAGAAAGCCUCAUUGACACUGGUGGGUCUUAGGCAAGUAUGGAUAGGACUGCAGCUCAAAAUACAUUUUAAAAGCCUGGGAGAACAAGGGUGUUGGCACCAGGCAAACUUUCCUGAGGAGGGAAUUCCACAAAUGUGUCACUUCUGAUAAGGCUCCUUUAGCCUGUCAUUAGUGAAAGAACAGUUAGGCAAAAUAUGGACAUAUAUGAUAAGCCUUGAAAAGUUUGAUUCUGAAAACUGUGUCUGAUUUAAUCUCUGUGGCUGAUUCAUCCUUGGCUGUCCUUUUUAAGUCAGUUAUUCUUGUCUCUGUCCCUGUCUCUUUAUUUUCUUUUGUCCUGCAAUAGCAGUAAAAUGUAGUAGAAGAAAAAGAAAGUUUUGGUAGUUUUGUUUCAAUUCUGCAGGAAUUUGUAGGAAGUGGAGUUCACUGUUCUUUAGUGGACUGGUUCUCUUUUUAUGAAAUUAUUAUUUUUAACAUAAAAAUACCUUCAAACUUUCAAUCCAAACUUAAUAGCAGUGUUUCAGCUUUAGGUAGAUUGCUUCAAGUGCUUGAAUAUGCCUCUAGAUUAAAAAAGAAACCUUAACUUAAAAAAUCAACAUGGCUUGAAAGCUAGGCUUACAGUCCUUUUCUCUGACAUAUUGGUUUUUCUGUGUCCAGGAGAGUAUUCAGUCACAUAAGAAGAGCCCUGCUGAAUCAGACCAAGACCCAUGUAUUCCAGCAUCCUGUUCUCAUAGGGGCCAGCCAAAUGUUUUUGGGAAGCCCACAAGCAGGACAUGAACACAACAGUACUCUCACCACUUGUAGUCCUCAUCAGCUAGCAUUCAGAAGUAUGCCACUUCCAAUAUUGGAGGGAGUUUACAGUCAUCCUGGCUAGUAACCACUGAUAGUGUUAUCCUCCAAGAAUUUUCUUCUCGCUUUUAAAGCCACCCAAGUUGGUGGUCAUCACUGCAUCUUAUGGUAGCGAAUUCCAUUGUUUAACUACAUGCUGUAUGAAGAAGUACUUCCUUGUGUCUGGCCCAAAUCAUCCAGCAUUCUGCUUCAUUGGGUGACCACGGAUUCUAGUAUUAUAUGAGAGGGCGGAAAGCUUUCUCCACACCAUGCAUAAUUGUAUACAGUUCUAUCAUGUCCGCCACUUAUUCACCUUUUUUCUAACCAAAAAAGACCUAAAUGAUGUAACCUUUUCAGAACCUUUUUCCAGCUUUACAGUACAGUCAUACCUUGGAAGUCAAACAGCUUAGUUCCCGAAUGUUUUGGCUCCCAAAUGUCGCAAACCCAGAAGUGACUGUUCCGUUUUGCGAACUAUUUUUUGAAGCCGAACGUCCAGCAGGGCUUCCAUGGCUUCCGAUUGGCUGCAGGAGCUUCCUGCAUUGCAGGGGAUUGGACUAGAUGACUCUUGGGUUCCUUCCAACUAUACGAUUCUAUGAUUCUAGGGAAUGUGGAGCAUGCAAACACAAUCUCAGUCCCUUGCUAUGCUUAAGCUCCAACCAUGCCUAAAUUUACUAUUUUAAUACACUGGCUAACAAAUGCAUUUUUAUAUCUCUUUGAAGUGAGAAUUUAAUCUUUAGGAGAAGCACCUCAUCAUAUUACUGCUACUUUGGCCUUAGUUUUGAUUUUCUUCCAUCUUCAUUCCCUCUUUAUGUGAUACUGUACCUCUUCACACACCCCAUCUCCCCUUCUACUUAAAAGUGUUUGUAAGCAUCUCUUACACUAUUUUUGUGCACAUGGUUAUGGUCAGAUUAAAAAAUAUUGUGUCCUUGAAAAAACUGCCAUAUAAGGAAAUCUGAGCUACUUGACUCUCUUAAACUUUCCACACAACCAGACUAACAGCAAUUAGCCAGGGGAUAUAAUCUUAGUGCUAGGAUAUGAGAUGGACUGAAUAAACUCUUGUUCAUCAUCUGUCAUUCAUCUGAGCCUGAAGCUUAGAUAGUAAUGUAUGAUCAAAAUCAAGUGUCUACUUCUAUAUACAUACUCCUUUGAAACUGCUGCAUCAGAUCUAGUCCAAGAGCCCUUCUGAGAGUCAAAUUUGGGUUUACUAACUGACUGAUAGAAGGUAUUUUCUAAGGUAUUUUACCUACUUGUAAUUCCAUUGCCUCUUCUGAAAGUAAUUUUAGAAAAAAGUGCUUUUUCAUGCAGACAUAAUUGAUAGAUAGCUCAGGACAGGUUCACAGCCCAAUCAUGUAAGCCCCAGUUCACACCUGUGCUCCCCACACCCCACAACAUGGCCUACCUACAAGAUAUAAUUGUGAAUUAGCCCUUUCAUUUAUUGUCAUCUGGAAAUUAAUAUUCUGAACCCAUUUGUUAGUGUUCAAGAAUAUGAAUAAUGAUUCAAUACCAAAUAGCAAUCUACAGUUGUAUUCAAAAGUUACUAACCUCUACGAAUGCUAGGCUUCGUUUUAUUAGGCUUUCCUUACAGCUUCUAUGUAAAUUGGUGUGCUUAUUUCCAUUCUCUCCUUUAAUGCUUCUUCAUUCCCUGUUUAAAGCCAUCUCACGAUUUUCUUGAUGUAAUUGCCAUUUGUCGUUUGUGGCACUUAUACUGUUCUUGCUAAAUUGUUCCUCAGCAGUUAGUCUGAUACUGUCUUACACAUUUGUGGAUUUGUUUUAGUUGUUUUAGCUUUAGUAUCUUUUGUGGGGAAGAAGUAAACAUCGGUUAUGUGGCUUCCACUCUGAUUAUGGCAGAUGGUGGCCCACAAGCUCAAAAUGCCAUUUCCUUUAUUGUAGCCAACCAUUAAAGAAAUCAGUUAGUAUGUAGAAGAUCACAUAAUAGCUCUUGUGGUUUAUUCAUUGAGUUAGUUUGAUAGCAUGAUUUUUAUGGCAUUAUAUCUGAACUUCGGACUAUUAUUAACCCAUGGGUGAUGUUUUGUCUCCUAUAAAGUUUAGAAGAAAUGGAAGAAAAAUAUCAAAACAGGGAAUCAAGACCAGAAGAUGUACAGCUUAUUGCAGAGUUGAAAGACCUGAUUGCUGAGAGGGAUCAGCUAAUAAAGAAACUGAUUGUAAGACAGUUUGGUGCUCUUUUGGUAUGAGCAUGCCAAAGGCUAAUAACUCUUGUCAAAUCUCCUGAGAAUACAGUCCUUGCAUUGGAUACCCCUUAAAUUACUUGUUUUUAUAUGGUAGAACAGUCAUAAUCCUGAAUGGAUUUAGACCUGCUCUUUUACCACUCUGUAAAGACCUAAAUUAUAAAUACAAAGUAAGUUCAAAAGCAUGCCAAAAUGAAGUAAGGAAUUACUUCCUUAAUUUUAAAGUAAUUUUAAUGUCUUCUCUCAAAAUAAUGUUUAGUUUUCCCUGUGCUGUCUUCAGGAUUUGGGGGAGCCUCCAACAGGGAACCCUAAGUGAGCUCUCAUAAACUGGAGGAGGUGGGGAGUGCAAAAUGAUAAUUCUCUUAUCUUCUGAACUUCUUGGAUGUUGUGUACAAAGUGAAAAAACAGUGUUUUUGGGUGGUGGAGUGGUGUUCUUGAGUAGCCAAUUUCUGUGAGCCACUGCAAUUUUUCCUAUUAAACUUGCAUGCUAGCACAAGGACACAUGCCCAGCAGGAACUCAGAAUUCCAUUGUUUCAUCCCAGCUAUGGUGGAUUCCACUGGUGGCUUUCCUUGCUGUGAUAUAGAAGUAACUUGCAAAUGUGGUUUGGGACAUAGAUGAAAACAGUGGCAUGAUCCCAGCAUCCAAAGAAUUUUUAGGAAGUUAUGAAUGCCAAUGCAAUUCUUUGUACAGCUGUCCAUGAAAAGAAGGAAGUAGGUAAAAAUCCCCAUGUAGAGGAUGAAGUUGGAUCACUCUGGCACACUCAUGAAUGUAAGAAUUAUGCUGAGUAUGAAAAUGACCACCUUUCAGACUUCUGGUAAUGAGUUACAGUUUUGAGUUUAAGUUCUAAACCUUCAGAUUUGAGUAAUCAAUGAGCUCUUGAGUGAGUGAAUGUCAAUCUGGCCACAGUAACUUAAUAUCCAAGAUGACUGAUACAGAAAUUUAUUUUAAUCUUUUUGUUAUUCAUUAGGAUGACAAGAAAUUCUAUCAACUGGAACUAGUCAAUAGGGAGACUAACUUCAACAAGGUGUUUAAUGCAAGUCCUAAUGUUGGUGUUAUUAACCCUCUGGUAAAGGUAUGUCAUACAUUUACAAUGUCGAAACUGGGAAAACGUGAAUUACUAAUAUUACACAAAUAAAAAGGAUCAAUAACACUGUGAAAGACACACAAAAGAAAGCCAGCUGCAUGUGGUUUUCAACAGCAUCAGUAACAGUAAGCCAUGGUCAGUAAUGAUGACUUCUCCUCAAUGAGCAGUGUGCUAGUGCAUGCUGCUGAAUUGUGCCCACUUCUGCACGCCUACGCUGUGGUUUAUUUCCCACUAAGCAAAGCACAAGCAGAAUACAAGGUUUGUUCUCCCAAGGCUUAAAGUUUGGUUCUUGGGGAGACAGAACGGGCAGAGUGGAGUGUGUAUGAUGCAGCAAUAUGCUCCUGUAUUAUGUUUUAGAGUGUGCAGUUUUGUUUUUACUGGAUUUUUUUCUCUCUUUCCACACCCACCACCGAAAGAAGGACGCCCCCAGAGAUUUCUUUCUAUCAGUGGCAAGAUGCUGGCAGCAGGGGGGCAGGGCAUGAAGGGACAAAAGUCUUUCUCCCCUUUGUGCCCCAUACAGGCUUCCUUCUCUCAGUAGUGUCCAAGAGAAGGAAGCCUGCAGGUUCAUGUCAUAUUCUGCCACUGUAGUUUCUCAACUUCUCUUCCUGGAGAGGGCAAGGAAGCAGGGCUUUCUAUGGUCACCCAUGUCUUCUAAUAAGCAGGUAGGCCAUAGCCAGCCAUACCUCCUCAUCCUCAGGCCCUGACUCCUCCUUUACAUUCCUGCUGGUCCUGACAGUGACAUGGCAUGAGAGAGAAAGGUACAGCACAUACUCGGUGACUCCUUAUAUUGCAGCCAGGCUCCACUUACUUCAGAGGUUGGUGGUAUGCCUCUCCCCUCUGACAUGCAGCAACAUCAGAGCAGGAUGCUAUUUUCCUGUCCCCCACAACCUACUGCCUGGGACGACAAACCCGAACCUUUUUAAGAAUUAUUGCAGACACAGAGGUUUCCUUUUUCCAAAUCUCCACAUUGUUAAUCCUUUCUGCGGUUUGAUCUCUUAGGCCCCUUCUAGAAGACUAUUCAAUUGUGCAGGGGAUGUGCAGUCAUUAUGAAGUUGUUUCUUGAGAUCCAAAUCCCAUGCACACUGUGGAGAAAAAGCAAGGGAAGCAGUGUUGGUCUAGAAAAAAAAAGUAAAACCCAGUUUGACAAUACCUUUUCUAUUAGGACCAACCAAAACAUCACAAAUGUUAUGGCAAAAUUGAAGUUUUGACUUGAUAAAAAAAAAGCAAAUAAUUGUUUGGUUUUUGCAAAUUGAUAAAUGGUUGAUACUAAAAUCUUAUUAGUGGCAUCACCAGUUCAUCUGUCUGUUGGAGUCUUGCAGUAAGGAUACUUCACUCUGAAGAAUAGAUCCAUGUGUGCCAUCUAGUGGAAACAGCCUGGCAUGCGGCUGGAAAAACUCACUAAGGUUUCUUUCACACUAGCCUUUUUCCUCUGGAAUUGCCAUUCUUUGUUCACCCGCAUUUUACAAAGAAUUGGGACAAUGUCAAUGUCAAAGUGUAGCUAUCAAAUGCUUUCAGUAUUAAACUCCUGUCAUACCUGAUUUGUGGCUCUCUUUUUUGCGGCAAUAAAACACAAUUGACCAGCCUGUCCAGUGUAGACAGGAAAGUACUAUUGAGGCUUCUCAGGUCUCGGAUAUGAUUAGAUAAAAGUUUCCUAUUUACAGUUCCUUCCCAUUUUAUUGCUUACUGUCGAUUUGAAACUAUGGUAGUUGUCCCAAUUUAUGUAUUUUUUCUGUUCUCACCAGGGAGGCUUCAAUGACUGGUUUCCUUUCAUUAUUUUUAUUCCUUAUAGUUUUAUUUUGACAUAAAAUAUGAAAAGAAUAAUAAACUGAAUAGAUCUGUAAUAAAUGUUGCCCCCCACCACAAUGAGAACAUAAACUGACACUAGGGCAGUUAAGAGAUUGAUUAUUCAAGGAGCAAUUAAGGAGCUAUCAAUCAGUUCUCCAGUUAGAACCAAGAGGGAAGCAGUUAAACAAGCAGACUCUGUGAACAGGAAACUUUUAAUUAAUAUUUUAAAAGACCUUUGUUAAACAAGUUUCAUUUGUGAGUAAACAUUUUAGAAAGAUCAUGGCCACAGAAAGAGUGUUGGUGGAUAAUAUAGUCCUAUACAAAGUACUGUGGAACCAGGGUGGUGCCAUGUUUGACUGGGCCCUCAGCAGCCCCCCACUUGUGGGUCCCUCAUUGUGACUAAGUCUUGAUCUAGCCCAUUAUAUACUUUCAUAGAGAGGGGUUUUUUUUCUAUCUGUCAGAUUUCCUUUAGGAGUGCAGUUUACUAGUUUUCUUUUAAGUUGCAUGGGGAUUGGGAAGAGGCUGUAAUUAGACUAGAAACUAACAGAUUCUCCCACUACAUUUCUGUAGUUGGACCAAUACCAUGUUAGUGUAAACAAGAAAGUUAACAUUGUUCUUUAAGAAGAAAAAUCUGCAUACAGCCUAAAACUGUCAAAAUUAUUUAAAGCCAAGUCAAGCUCUUCAAUAUUGCAGUAAACUGGCUGGAGCAUUUAACUUUUGUAUCCCUCUGGAGAACGCUUUAAAUGCAGCUGUACUAAAACUGUAAUAAAUAAAUAAUAUCCAAACCCUCACUUUCAGGUGAAACAAUGAAAUGAGAAUUUUAAAAGCCCAAGUAAUUUCCUUAUCUGUACAGGCCCUUCCUUACAUUUGUUAUUUUCAAUGCAGCAAAAGAAGAAGAAUGAUAAAUCAGCAAACAGGUUUGUGAGUGUCCCCAAUCUAAGUGCUCUGGAAUCUAGUGGAGUGGGCAAUGGACAUGCUAACCGCCUGGAUCCUAUUCCAAAUUCACCCAUCCAUGAUAUUGAGUUCAACAGCAGCAGACCACUUCCACAUCCUAUACCACCCAAAGAGCCCAAGACGGUUUUGAGGUGAGCACUGCCUCACCAGUUUUUGUUUUUCCUAACUUGGAGAAAUUUUUUAUUUCUUUUUAGCUGAACCCACAUGUCUUUAAGAACAACACAGGAGUACAAAUCUUACUUUGGAAUCUUAAUUUUCACACUAUAUUUUAAGCCUCUUUACAGUAUUCCUUUUUUAUUGUAAAACUUGUUGAAAUGUAAUUCCUCUCCCCUUUCUAAUAAGUCUGGAACCCUUCUUUCAUUUUUCUAAUGAACUACACAGUCAGUAUGGUUCAUGUGCUUUCAAUUGUUUACAUUUAUGAACAAUUGUGUUAAAUGUUUGUGUUAUUACUAGCUGUCCUUUCAGAAUGUUACAAUCCCCAUAUUAAAGGUCUUUAUUGUGUAACAGUGGAUCUUACCUGACAAAACUGUUUUCUGUGUUAGAUGAGUGUGUGCUGAUUUAUUCCCUUUCCUUACCUCAGAUAAAAUCUUUAUUGGAAGCAAGCUUAGAAUAUGUGUAAAUAUUUGCAUGUAUUUAAUGCUGGGUUUCAGCAUUAAAAUACCCAAGUUUAGCUUUGCUUUAGGAAGUGAUGGAAUGAGUUUUACUAUCAGAUUAAGUCAAAUAUAUAGUGCUUGAUAGUCUGGUGAGUAAAAGCCCUUUCCAUACUGCUUCUUAAUUCCACUUCAGUGUUACCUGCAAAAUAUAGUCUGGGGGCAGAAGAGAGAAUGAUAAAAUUUUAUAGUAUUUUUUUUUAAAGGCAAAGUAGAGUUCCUGUAAUAUUAAAUGUUCCUUAUUUUUCCCUGUGCAUGUGGUAUGCAUGUUUGCUCAGGCGCCACUAACAUGCAUGUGCAUGAAUUCAUGGAUUGCGAUGCUGGAGUUUCCAUUGCAAAUUAUUUCGUGCCUUGUAUUACCCCCCAAAAACGGUAGGGAUUAUUUUAUUAAUUUUUCUAACAUUUACAUUUUACUAGCACGUUAAAGUAAUAUAAAGAUUACAUCAUGCAGGUAUAUUUGGGAAUUAUAUUUGUGGGUGGCAAGUGUGUUUGCUUUGCACUGAAUUCCUUGUUAAAACAUAUCUAACCCCAUGUGCAUGAACCUACAAUAAUUUAGUUGGGCUAUGAAACAGUUAAAAUACAUAGUUUAGUUUUCAUUCGGCACGUAUUUAAGAAUAUGAUGCUUGCAUCAUACUUCUGACAACUAAUUUGACCAGAAGAAAAGGAUGCUAAAAGAGGAUCUUCCAAAAAUCGCUUUUCCCCACAGUACAUUUUUUUUAAAAGGCAGCCAUCCCAUUCAUUCCCCCGCCUCCCCAAAAAUACUAUUUUCCCCCACCCUCUUAUGUGGCUUAGUGACCAUGUGCUGCUGAUGCUCUCCAAUGGAGUGGAUGAUCGGAAAUAGUAGAAAUGGGCAUUAAACUAAAUCAGGUUAUCCUAUGACAUGAUACUUGAUUUGCAAACAUCGUGUGCUAUGUAUUGGCUUCUUUGUGCUUUUUCCAGGCCUUCUGCAUUUUCACUGUUGGUUGUAGGUUAAAUCUGUCUUUUCUUUUUAUGAAUUUAGCCCUCCUCAGACUGAAGCUUCUCCAAUGGCUUCACCCGAUCCACAACGUCAGGAAUGGUUUGCCCGUUACUUCACAUUCUGA